AAUAAUUCCCCCCCCACCCCCAUUCUAACCUUCUCCGGGUUCUGUUUAUAUAUAUAUAUAUAGAUAUAUAUAGAUACACAUAUACACACGUCUGUCUCCAUAUCUGCAUAUAUAUAUAUAUAUAUAUUUAAAAAAUAAAUAUUCCCCACCGGCGAGUGUGUCUGAGGGGAGCGGGCUCCCUCCCCCACCACCCCACCCGCGUGGCCGGCGCCGUCCUCGUUGCUGCUGCUGCUGCUGCUGCUGCUUCCUCCUCCUCCUCUUCCUCCUUCUCCCCCCAGCCAGGUCAGUGUCUUCUCCCCCUUCUCGCCUCCUUUCCCUGCCCGGAGUUACGGCGGAGGCCCCCGCCGAGGGCUGACUCCCUCCCUCCCUCCCUCCCGCCUGUGGGCCAAAGGUGUUUUGGGGGGCGGCCGUGAGGGGAGACCACCCCCCGCGCCCUCACCCCCAAAACACGCCUCGCGUGCCGGGGCCGCCCCCUGCUUCCCUCGGCAGGAAGGGGGUUGUUAUUGGGGAGGGGGGCAGGUGGGGAGGGGGGCAGGUGGAUGUGCCAGAGGUGCGGAGGGCCAAAAGCUCCUGCUCCCUCCUCGCCACACACACCUCUGGGAUUUUGUGGUUUGGGGUGUGUGUGUGGUUUUUUUUUGGGGGGGGGUUGUCUAUGUCAAGGGGAGGUGUUGGUUUAAGAGAAGAAAAAAGGAGAGGGAAUUGGGGAGGUGGGUUUGAAGGGUAUGCGCGUCCUCAACUUUCUGCGACUGCAGCAAAUGCCCUCCAGGGAAAGGGUGGUGGUGGUGGUCUUCCUGAUCCAGAGUUGGACACUUUCUCCUUCUACCCCACUCCUGGUAAUUAUAGCCCUCCUCCCCACAAAUCAUAAGCUGGUUUUAGGAAUAAUAAUAAGUCUUCUUCCCCAUGGCGAUUUGCCUCCCCACCCACCCCUCCAAAAGUGGAAGGGGUCCUUAGAUCUUUCAGAAAUGUGUAACUCCCCUUACACACACACACACUCUCUCUCUUUUAAAAGGAUUUAAAUACCUUGCAUUGAAAAGCUACCAUUGAUUUUAUCUGCUUUCUCAACCCACCUCCCCGCCCCCAAGUUGUGCCAAGGAGUAGUCUCUGCUUGUGUGGUGACUAAGGGCUGGUUCACACCGGCGCCUUGCUUGUACUAUGGUGGUUCCCAUAGCCCAAGUGCAGUUUAAACUGGAAGGCUGCCACAUGGGUUUGAUGGUGUACAAAAAGAAAAGAAAAAGGGGGAAAGUGUGGUUUGCUGUGUUUUAUUGGGGAUUUCGCCCUGGCGCAAUUUAAGGUUACUGCAUAGUUGUGAGUCUCUCAAGUUGAUCUGCAGAAGUCUGGGCUUGGUAUCAGCAAGUAACUAACUUGAAGCUUGCCCACAUCGGAGCAGCCUGGGCUCUCAAGGUGUUCAUGGCCUCAGGUGUCUAUAUGAGUGUUACUUGUUGUAAUGAAGUAUUGUUUUUGUUUGUUUCUGAAUUCUCCACUCCACUAUUUGAUACUUCUCAGAGUUCUUCUUGAUUUUGCCAUUAAGGAAGUUCAUGUCCAGCAAUUUAGCCAAAUGUUCUCACAUAGUAAAUAGUUUUAAGACCUCCUUUGAUGGAAGCAAUAGGAGAGGUGAUCAAAUCCGUAGUUGAGAUGAACUAUAUAUAGUGCUAUUGAUAACUAAAGAAUUUUGUUUCAGAAAUUAUUUUGAGUGGCUCUGCUAUUCUGGGAUGGGUGCACUGUCAAAAAAAGUAGGAGAUAACGUGAUGCAAACAUGAUUUACCUCAGGCUAGUGUGUUGUGAACUUGAGAUCUGUACUUCUAGUGUUGGGGUGUAAUUGAAGAAACACACUUUUGUGGCUUGAAGUUCAGUUUAACUUGGAUUUGUUAAAAUCACUUUAUCAUGUUGGAAUUUCAGUUUUGUAAAUGCUGUGGGAAUGUGAUUAGGAUUUGGUGAUAAAUAGAUACAUCUUCAUAACUAAUUACAAGUGGGCUCUAGAUUUUCAUAUGCUCCACAUAAAUUGCCCUAAAUCUUCCUGCAAGAAUUGGUAUUUCUAGUUCAAAAUGCUUGCUAUAUUAUUUAAUAAAUGCAAUGGUGUGUGAAAAUGUGUGCUUUAAAGGUAAAGCUACACUUUUAAAUCUAGACUCCAAAUGUAUUUUUAUACCCUUUUUCUAGCAGUGUUUAACUUUAUAUGUCUGCUUAUCCUUGAAGUUAUCCAUAUAUAUAUUUCUCCUUGUUAUCUGAUUAUAUUUUCAUAGUAUCUUUCUAUGCAUUCCUACGGUCCUGGGACAGUGUCUCAGGGGCUGAAGGAUGCAAUAGCUCUACCUGAUGUCAGGUGGGGAGAGCAGAUGUCUGAGCCUCCUCUCUGAUGCCCUGGCCCAACUGAUGAGAGCUCUGACAUGGAAAGGACCAAAUAGGGGGGAUUCUGGGAAGUUGCUGAUAUCCAAAAGAUCCUAAGUCAUCCUGGUCUCCUACUAAACCCCCAAACCCAGGGGAAAGCUAGAUAUGUUUCUGAGUGUGUCUGAACCUCUCCCUCUCUUUGAAAACAGUGGGAGGGAAAUGAAAAAAGUCACAUUUUAAAAAAGCUUGGAAGUGGAUGGCAUUCACUUCCACUCUGCCAGCACAGCCUGGGGGGAGGGCACUGGAUGAUGCCGUUACAACAUCUUUGGUCCCUGCUCUUUUGCUGAGCUUCAGCCUAAAACUGUAAUUCAGGCUUUCUGUUACCCCUGAUUCAGAAGCUCUAUUUUGCUUCUAACCUGUGAUGACCUGUUUCACAAAGGUAUUUACCGUGCGGAAGACAUUACUGACACUUAAGAAGCUUUUUGCUAGGUCAUAGCCAAACUUUACACCUAAGAGAGAUCUUAUUUAAAUAUACUGACAGCUGCUUCACAUAACAGAAGCUGGUAUGUGUUAACUUUUGUACGUAUCUGCUUCUUCUCCAUAAUGUUUGGGAACAUUAUGUGUGUGAUUUUUAUCCAUGCAUACAGUGCAGAACCUGCGCCUCUUUCUGUAAUGUCUUGCAAAGUGAUCUUAAGGCUGCUAAAAUUUAUCAAGGGUAGAAAUGGAGCUAACAUAUACUGCAGUGAUGCCAGAAGUUGCCUUAGCCAAGAGUUUUCAAGUUUGCUACCAUUUCAAUGUCAACAUGUCUACUAGGGAGCCACUGUUGGUUUGCAAAAGAUUCUGGGGUGUGUCUGGUGUUAACAAUCUGUUCUUCAAGAGCAUUUGUUAGGGCUGUUGGGCUUCAUCAUAGUUCUCUGCAAACAGAGAAUACUUCUUAGCAGAGGGUUCUGUGUCUGCACAUUAGAGGGGAAGAUUGGCAGUAGUGGGCAAGUUAUUUAUUUAAGCAAACUGACCUGUCAUUGCUGAUCUUCUGAUUAAAGAAUCUCUGAUAAGCCUAUGAAACCAUUGAUUUAAUCUAUAUACGUAGUACUAAUAGCCUAUUUGCACUUGCUUUGUGAUAGAAAAGAUCAAAGUUCACUUUUGACCAAUUUUACCCCAAAUAGCCAAAUCUUAGUGUGAAAAUACUUUCAACUUAGCAUUGCAAGUCUUUAUGCUAACUUCAUUUUCAGGUACCAUUUAUGUGCUGGCGCCUGCAUUAUACACCUUUAGGUGCCAGUCAAAAACGUUCCUCUUCUGCCAGGCCUUGGGCUGAUAAACAUCCAAUACACUUUUAAAUGUGUUGUGGGAAGGAGGAUUAUUGGUUUAUUUUUGUUCUUGUUCUUAUUAUAUAUUUUUUAUAUUGUAUUUUUUAUGUUGUGAGCCGCCGUGAGAUUUACGGAUGAAGAGAGGUAUACACAUUUAAUAAACAAACAAAUAGUUGUUUGCAAUAGAGCUGUUUGAUAUUAGCCAUGGUAAUCUGGCUUUGGAGUGGCAAGUGGCUCAGAUAGAUUUAAUACAAAGAACUUCGUGUCUUCAACUAGUGAAAUUAAAAGUGCAAGUCUCUAAAAGUGCACACCCAUACAUCGCAUGGUUGAAAAUGUGAUUGUCAUGCUGGUUUUUGUUACAUUCAAGCACUUCAGUUCUGUGUAGCUGUGAUUGGUGCAGAAAGUGGCUUGGACCGAUGCAGCCUUAGUGACAUCCAUCCUAGGUGAGGGAAGUAGGGCAGGUUUGUCUUGUAACAUUGCCUGUCAGCUGAACUCCCAUUACAGCCAGUUACUAUCAUAUUUCAGGCACUCAGGCUUAUUCAGCUAUAGCUGGCUCUGUGGUAGCCCCAAAGGGAGACAGGGGACUGUACGAAUAAAAUCUUCUGAAUUUUAUAUGCAGCCCACCUCUGCUGUGGUCCAGAUUCAACCACAUUUCACCUGUGAAAGGCAUUUGCAUGAAGCUGUUGCAUAGUGUCUUAAGCAUGGGUAGGCAAACUAAGGCCCGGGGGCCAGAUCCGGCCCAAUCGCAUUCUAAAUCUGACCUGUGGACGGUCCAGGAAUCAGCGUGUCUGUACAUGAGUAGAAUGUGUCCUUUUAUUUAAAAUGCAUCUCUGGGUUAUUUGUGGGGCAUAGGAAUUCGUUCAUUUCCCCCCAAAAUAUAGUCCGGCCCCCCACAAGGUCUGCGGGACAGUGGACAGUGGACCAGCCCCCUGCUGAAAAAGUUUGCUGACCCCUGCUCUUAAGGAAUGGUUGGUUAGUGCAUUGUUGUUAGGCUGCCCCUCUGCCGCAGUGUCUUGGAUUGGCCGACAGCAGCCAGUAGCCAAACUCCUUGGGUGUAAAGUCUUGCUGGUGCCACCAAAUUCUACCUGAUAUUGAAGCUGCUUGCCAGAGCUCAGUUAUUCAUAGGACUGGACUGCAAGGCACUCCUUUUCUGUGAAGCAGGUUGGUUCACUUUGAGAAUAUUGUAACAUUAAAAUGAAAAGGCUUUUGGCUUGAAUAGAAAUAUUGAAGAAUGCCCUGUUGUUGUUUUUUUAUAAAAAUGAUUGAGGGAAGAAAUUAAGCAUAUUUAUUCACUUUUCUACAGGGACGCGGGUGACGCUGUGGGUAAAACCUCAGUGCCUAGGACUUGCCGAUCGCAUGGUCGGCGGUUCGAAUCCCCGCGGCGGGGUGAGCUCCCGGCGUUCGGUCCCUGCUCCUGCCCACCUAGCAGUUUGAAAGCACCCUUAAGUGCAAGUAGAUAAAUAGGUACCGCUUUAUAGCGGGAAGGUAAAUGGCGUUUCCGUGUGCUGCUCUGGUGCCGGCUCACCAGAGCAGCUUCGUCACGCUGGCCACAUGACCUGGAAGUGUCUGCGGACAGCGCUGGCUCCUGGCCUCUAGAGUGAGAUGAGUGCACAACCCUAGAGUCUGUCAAGACUGGCCCGUACGGGCAGGGGUACCUUUACCUUUAUUCACUUUUCUCCCUCAAAUUCUGAGUAAGACAGGUUUUCCAGCUAUUACAUGUAAAAAGUAAAUUUAAAAAUGAGCCACUGUUUCCCAUGUGCUCACCAUACAAAUACUUUUGUACAUAUAUAUGAAAACCCCAUAGCAGAGCACCUCUCCUGGUAGAACAUUUCCCUCCAUGUCAUAUAACUUUCCCCAUUCCAACAAGUGAUCUUAGCACCACUUUCCUCAGCAAUUCUCUGUUGAUGGAAUAAUGUAAGCCAUCAGCAGAAUGAAGUGGUAAAACUUACUUCUGGCUUGCGCCUUCAUUCUUCAAAUAAACUGAGAGAAAAGUAGAGUAUAAUUUCUCACUCCCAGAACCAAUCCCCAGACAGUUGCAACUUUUUCCUUUCUGAUGUCCUUAAUCCUGUCAUCGUAUAUUUUUUUAAAAAAACCCUGUCACUGCUUUGACAAGGAUGAAUGCUCCUCUCUUAGAUAUGUGGUUGAGCUGCUGUGAACAGAUACCUUUUAUUAUCCCCUCUGAUAUGACCCUUGUGAAUGGCCCUUGAUUCCAGUGUUUAUAAAGUUAAGAUCAACCUUCUAACAGCAACACCAGCUUUUAAAAAUUCUGUGAGUUUGGAAGAUAACAGCGAUUACGCUUUGGGAAGUUCUUAUCAGAGAGUUUUAUUCUUUAAAAAAAUGCUUGAGAAGCUUUAUUCCACUUGAGAUUAUUUUUAAGGAAGUUUUUGUCCACCUCCAGUUUAUUUUAAAUGAAUUUAAUGUUCAGUGGGAAUGAAGUGGUGGUGUUAAGUAAGGUGCCACUCACAGAUGUGUCAUUUGUCACUGUAAUUAUUUGUCGUUCAUGGAAGUAGAACAAAUGUUGUCAUCUCACCAGGUAUAGUCAGAAAGCAGGAGUCACAUCAAAUGUGAGAAAUUUUCUAUGUGAGAAACAUUUCCAAAUAUGAAACAACAUGCAACUAUCAUGCAUGGACUCCUGCCAGUUCCCUAGCUUGAUGGAUCAACUUGAAGUACAGAGUGUGUGGCUGUACGUGUAGCAUGUGUAGUUUUGCACACAGUAGAGUUUUCUUGUACUUCUGAACUUGUUUGUAGAGAGAGUUACCAAAAAGGUUUGACACUGUUUGAUCAUAGGUCUAUAUGCCACAAAUGUGUGUAGUGAAAUAUACCCAGGUUGCAUUCUAGUUCCAGGAUUGAAGUGCUUCUCAUGUAGGACUCUUGUCCUGUUUGUAGUGGCCUUGAGCUUUUAGUGCUUUCAUGGAUUGUCAACCUUUUUGGCAAUAGUGUGGCAAGUCAAGAUCAAAAUGGUACCAUUCUGCUACGCACCAAAGUACAUAUACAGCCUCCCUCCCAUGUAUGUUGAGAUGCUGCUGCCUCUACUGAUCUUGGGAGCUGGCAGAAGUGCCGGACUGACUCCGUUUUUAUCUUUUUAUUAGUUUAGAUAUUAAUCAGAUAUAUCUGUGCCACAGCUGGUUGCAUGAGAUGACUUGCUCCUAUCCAAGAGUGCCACAGAUCCAAGCUGAUCAUGCCACUCCACAAGUUGACUACCAAUGGGUUAGUCACAAUAAAGGACAGGAAACUUCAGCAAUAAAUUACUAGUAUGCUGUAUGUUACCUGAACUUUUAUAAUGAUCUUGUGUGUCAGUGACUAUAAAGUAGGGAUGAGCAGCCAAGGUCAUCCAGACUAGUCUCAUAGGUGAAAGUGAAGAACCCAUUAGUCUUGGCAGUGGACUUUGGUUUAGAGCAGUGUUUUCCCAAACUUAGAUCUCCAGCUGUUUCCAGACUACAAUUCCCCCUAUCCCUGAUUACUGGUUUUGCUAGCUAGGAUGAUGGGAGUUGUAGUUCAAAAAACAGCUAGAGACCCAAGUCAGGGAAACACUUGUUUAGAGAGCUGUUGCCCUCAAGGCGCUUUCUCAGGGUGGUUCUGUAUAAACAUAAAUGCUGAGGGCUAUAAAACCUACCAAGAAUGAAACUGCUGUACCAGUUAAAUGCAAUUGAAAGCCUUCUACAGUUAUACCAUGUUGGAAGACAUAUCCUUCAAACCAAACACCCCCCGACAUUUUGCUGUUCUUAAGAGUCAUCAGACAGUUCAAAUGCACACAAAUCUGCUUCUAUCUGCUGCUGUUCCAAAGCUGUGCAAUUGUUUCUAUUUACGUGUGUCUGAUAGUGUGAAAUCUGGAGCCACGUACUCCAAAUCUGAACGCUUCAGCCCACAUUGGGAGCUGUGAAUAGAAGGACUCUGAAGUAGAAACUGUUGCCAAGGGUAUUGACGAAUUAGUAAGAUGCAGUUUUUGAGUGCAUGGGUUGGUCAAUACUGUAUGUUCUUGAUACUUUCCAGAGGUGGGAGGGAUUCAUGGGAAGCUACCCUAAGGGCUUGAUUCAAAACCUAUGCAUUAUAACAUAGUGCUUGAGGCUGAAAUAUAGUCUUCUUUAUUCCUCUUCUGCCUGAAAAUGGUUGCCUUUCUGUGUUCCACAGCAAAUAUUGAUGUUGACCACAUCUGUACCCCAGUAAUCUACUUCCAAGUCGUCAGCUUUUAGGGGAACCCCCCCCCAAUUAAGCACUGUUUGAUGGAGGCUUACCUGGCAAAUCACAUUCUAAAAUCAAAUACCAAAAAAAUGACAGUUUUUUCUGUUGCAGCUACUUUUAACACCCAUUGCUCAAUCCUAGGAUCAGAAAUAUUUAAUUCGGGUGAGUAGGUUGCCAUAUAUCCAUAUGCAUGGGUUCAUAUCAGGUCAAUUGGUAAAACCAAACAGAGCAUUCUGCUUUACCUCCUUAUUAAUAGCAGUGAUAUAUAAUUCAGAACUAAUGCAAACUGCUCUUUCAUCUUUAGGAAAGUGCAUGAGUGUUACUUUUCAGCUCAAAAAUAUUUUGAUCUGCAAUAGUUAAAAAUUUCGGUUGCCAAGAUAAGAUUUCUGAAUACACUAUAGAAACCUACAUGUUUUAAGUGCAUUGCUCAGUUUCAUUCUUCGUAAGUAUGAAUGCUACUUUUUGAGUAACUUGCUGCUGAUCAUUUAACAUGUGCCAUUGUUUUUGGAGAGUAUGUUUAUUCAGGGUUAGGUGGUUUUACCCACAUGCAAGUGCCAGAUAUGUUAAUUGAUCUCAAACUUCAGGGUUGAAAAAGUGUUAUGUGUGCAAACAAAGCUAUUGCAUUCUCCAGAGAUGCUACAGGAUACCAAAAAAAAAGUACUCAGUGAUAGCCAUUUGAGUUUGAGAUGUCCUAGCAAGCAACAGGUGGUGUUAGUUGUCAUAGCCCUAUGAUAGUGUGAAUGCUGAAAUGUUGCACUCUGAAAAGAUGCUAAUUGAUGAUGUACCCACAUACUCCUUCGAUUACAUAUGGCAUUGUUUGUAUGGUAGGCCUACCUCUCUUCAUUGGUGCUUAGUUUGCCUGGGAUGCACAUUUAUCUUUUAAAGAUGGUUUGGCUGGUGGAAAGAAUUGGUGUCUAUUCAUGAGGUAGACCCAGUAUGCAAAAGGCGUGGUAGAUGCUUAGGUCCAGCAUGAGAUAAUUUGGAUUUCUUGUAGGCAGUGUUCGAAAUUCACCAGGCACCAGCGCCACUUGUGAUCAAGUGAAGAUGCCCUGCCACCAGGAUGGCGCCUGAUGUCUCCACUAUCUGGAGGUGCAUGCCUGGUGAUCCUUGGAUCUUGCCUGUUUUCACACACUUAAAACACAUCCUGUAGAAGUCUGUGAUAUUUUAUCUGCACAAUCAGAACAAAUUUUAAGAACCAUGAAGUUGUAUUGAAUAAAUCGACCUUCAAGCCGCCUGGCCCCAAAAUGAGAACUAGACAUUCGUUUUGGCAAUUGGCGCCUAGCUUAUAUAUCUGAGUUUAUAACACUGCUCUUAGAAUACGCUUUCCUGGAAAAUUGUCUUGCACAAGGCUCAUUAAGUGAUUAAAAUAAAUGGCAGCUACACAGGAGAGCUUCCUGGUGGGUUGCGCCCUUGGUGCAAGGCCAUUUGCAAGCCUUUUGUUUCUUGAAGCCUCAUUGAAAUCUCUAUAUCUGCAGGAGAGUAGGGCCUCUCUUUUUUUCUGGACAAACUGAAUAUUUCCUUUUAAAAUCAGCUUUAAACCUGUGCUUUGUUUUUAUUUCUUCCACCUCUCCCCCUCCCCCGAGCGCAAGGUUGCACACAUUGUUCUCCCCCUCCUCAUUUAAUCUAUACAACAACAUUGUCAGGUAGGCUAGGCUGAGGGGCAGUGAUUGGCCCAAGGUGCAUUGUGAGCUUCAUGGCCUGUGGGGAUUUGAACCCUGGUCUCCCAGGUCCUAGUCUCACACUCUAACCACUGUACCAUGCAGGAGUAAGCCUCAUGGAGUUCAGUGGGGCUUAUUUCCAAGUAAGUGGAUGUAGGAUUGCAGCCUUAAGAAUGUAAGAAGAGCCCUGCUGGAUAAGACGAAAGGGCUAUCUAGUCCAGUGUUCUGUUCUCACAGUGGCCAACUAAAUGCCACAAACUGGAAUUUAAGUACAAUAGAACUUUCCAUUUGUGUCCAAAUUUUAAAUCAGGGGGUCAGUUUCUUAUAAACUUCUUAAGUAGCUUGCUUAAGUUGGUAUUGCAUCAAUUAUAUAUAUGAUUUUGGAAACAAUAAUUCAUAGUAUGUCUUCCUGGCAUAUGUGAGCAUAGCUCAAAUGCCAUUUCCAGGUGGUCUCCCAUCCAAGCAACUUAGGAGCUAUAGAACUGUGUCAUGUGCCUUCAAACCAUCACCAUUCCAGAAUACAGUAUUUGUCUGAAAGCGCUAUUACAACCUUCAGUUUCUUUAUUCUCUUAUUCCUUAUUAGUUUAAUAUAAGAUUCUCGUUCAUUUUCUGCCAUUUAAUAAUUGGCCAGAUUGUAUUGCCUUCUUGCUAAACAAGGAUGACUGUGAACCGAAUUCAUCCUUUGUGAAACAGCUAGGUUUUUACAAACCUGGACAAUUGCUUAGCAUUGUUCUGUGGUGAUUAACAUCAAGGGAGAAAUGAGUUUUAAGAAAGCAGGCUGCCUGGAGCAGCUCCAUUUAAUGAGGGUGUAGCUAAAUUGGGAUGAUUUUUGUCUUCUGAAAAUAUCUCUACACUCUCAGGAAUUCUGGAUUUAUGCUAAUUUACCAUCUUUCUAAUGCAUUUUACUAGUGGAAACCUAAUUUUUAGGUCUACUGUUCAGCUUUUUUAGAUGGAAAGUAUGAGAAGUUCUGCAGUAGUUACCCUCUUACCUAGGGGUUCUCUGAGGUGGAGCCACACAUUCAUGUCAUGACCCCACAGUCUAGCAUUUACCAAGGCACCAAGUCGGAGGCUAGAGUAAGAUCUGGUUCCUGACUAGGAGCCUCAUGCUGUGAAUGAAGGUAACCAGUGCAAUUUUUCUAGAAAAAGAGGUGCGUGGACUCCUCCCUUGUUUUCUUAUAAUGGCAAUAGUAGCUACAUGAGAGGUGCCGGAACUGUGUUCUGGUGAGUUCCAGCUGAAGAAAAGCCCUGGCAGUACAGCCAGUGUGGUGUAGUGGUUAAGAGCGGUAGAUUUGUAAUCUGGUGAACCGGGUUCGCUUCUCCGCUCCUCCACAUGCAGCUGCUGGGUGACCUUGGGCCAGUCACACUUCUCUGAAGUCUCUCAGCCUCACUCACCUCUUGUUGUGGGGGAGGAAGAGAAAGGAGAAUGUUAGCCGCUUUGAGACUCCUUCGGGUAGUGAUAAAGCGGGAUAUCAAAUCCAGACUCCUCUUCUUCUUCUUCCUUGAACCAGAGGAUGGCAAAGAGGUCUCUCUAAUGUUACAGCACCAGAAUCCAUAGAACUGGAUCCCUCAACCAGAGGAACAUGAUACUGCCUCCCACAGUAUCUUGCCAUUUCAAGGUGACGGUAACACACCACAGAAUGCAAAAAUGCCUGUAUGGAAGGCUGGCCCUUUAAGAAAGCCGAGUUUAGUUAGAAUUGAGUAGAGUCAGAAACCUGGAUGCUUGUUUGCCAAACACAAGCUUCCUUCAGUAUUUUAUGUAAAAAAAAGUAAAGAGGCUCAGGCCUCCUAGGCUGAUGGGUCCUCUCUGCCGCCAAAUCUAACAAUUCUCUAGUUUCUGCUAAUUGUUUUUUCAGGUCCUAUUAGAUAUCUAAAACACCAGUUAAAUAAGCCAAUUUGUAUAAUGAACGAUUCCUGUGGGUUCUUCAGAUAAUUUAAACAGAAUAUUUGAAACAUGGAGUGAAUAUCCUUAUAAAUGUGCCAACCAUGUAUUUGAUUUGGCAGCAAAUAAUGUGGCAUGCUAACAGUAACUCUGCACAAUAGCACUUCAAAUCUCAGUGUUUUUAACACGUUCCUAAUUAGGUGUGAAGUGAUGUGAAGUGAUCGAAGGUUCAUAGCAUCACAGUGGUUGAAGCUCAUUCAGAUUUUCUACUAACACAGUUUAUUAGGUUGGUAGUCAACUAAUACUGGAUAUUAAUCUGGAUUGACAGUUUGUGAAUCAAGGUUUCACUGACAUUAUGAAAAAGCUAACAAUCCAUAUUUGAAGGGUGCCAGAGUCUUUCACUCAGAAUCUGAGCCUGUAAAUGGUGCCUGAGAAGAAAAUGGUCCUAGGAUUGAGACAGAACUAAAUGUCAUGCCAAACAUAGGUUGCUGCUAAAUACUCAGAGUCUGUGACAAGUUCACCCUCCUCUUCUCAAUAAUAUUAUAUUUAAGAAUACACAAAUUUCCUUCUCAACAAAUGUUUGCACAGCUGUGUACAAUAAACAGAAUGUAUAAUAGAUAUAAAUUUAUGCACAGCAGUUUAGAAACAAAUCUUUAAAAGAUACAUUUUUGUUAAUUGCUUAAUAUAGAUAUACUUAUGGAAGCAUAUUAUGUUAUGUAUUCUUCUUCUUGCCCCAGGCCCAGGCACCCACCAGGGACAUGGGUGGCGCUGUGGGUUAAACCACAGAGCCUAGGACUUGCCGAUCAGAAGGUCGGCGGUUCGAAUCCCCGCGACAGGGUGAGCGCCCGUUGCUCGGUCCCUGCUCCUGCCAACCUAGCAGUUCGAAAGCACGUCAAAGUGCAAGUAGUUAUCUAGGUACCGCUCUGGCGGGAAGGUAAACGGAGUUUCCGUGCGCUGCUUUGGUUUGCCUGAAGCGGAUUAGUCAUGCUGGCCACAUGACCUGGAAGCUGUCUGCGGACAAACGCCGGCUCCCUUGGCCAAUAAAGCGAGAUGAGCGCUGCAACCCCAGAGUCGGUCACGACUGGACCUAAUGGUCAGGGGUCCCUUUACCUUUAGUAUUGUUGAGAGGUGGUAGAGGAAUGCACAGUGCGAUGUCAUUCUGUCAUGUAUUUCCAUAAGAUAUUAAGGGGAGAUAAGGGAAAAUACCCAUUUCAUGGUCUUGCAUCUGAUUCUGGCCUUCCAUUGUGAUCUGUACAUGUCUACUCAGAAGUAAGUUCCUCUUUGUUCAGUGGGACUUACUCCCUUGCUAGGGUAUUUAGGAUUGCAGCCUUUUAAAUCUGGUUUUCAUAAUAGGCUAGAGCUGGAAGUGCCAUUGUACCUCUUGUACAGGGUGAGUCUUUUAAAAGAGGCCCCGUGGAACAUGUGUACUCUGUAUCCACGGGGCCUCUUUUAAAGGACUCAGCCUGUAUCUCGUCAAUAUGGCUAGGAACACUCUUUUUGUUCGGGCUCUAGGAUUGUAGCUUUUUCUCUUAACAGAAGAGCUUUGCAUUUGCACUAGAAGCAGAAAUUCAACAAGUGAAAAUUUCCUGGCAAGUUGUUGAAGUGACGAGAAAAAGCUGUGCCUGUUGAAUUUCUGUUUGCUAUCUGCUUGGAAGUCAAACACAAAGGUGGGGUGAGGGGUGGUGGAUGGUGAUGGGGAAAGGAAUUAUUUGUGGGAUUGAGUGUAAGUAUGUUUGAAUACUUUUAAGGAUUGUAUGAAAUGUAUGUUUGUAUGGUUGUAUAUGUGUAUUAAUGAUGAACUAUUUUAAUUUUCUGUGAGCACACUAAAAGCGAAAAAUAAAUGUGAAUAAAAUGUAAAAAAAAAAAGAACCUGCUUUAAAAAAAAAGAAUUUCUGUUUGCUAUGAAGCAGUUAAAAGGACAAAGAUCCUCUUGUCAAGAUGGAGAGAGUGAUAGUCCUGAAGACUAAACUGAUCAUAGAAAAAACAAAAACAAACACCUCUUAACACCUCUCAACCUAUUUCAGAACCUUUGGUGAGGCAAGUGGGUACACUUGCAUCUUCUGUCUCUUCAGUUUGAUGAUGAACAGAAAGCAAAGGAUUAUAAAGCAACAAUGGGCAAUUGGGUGUGGGAAGGAGAUCACUCAGAGAGGGAUGGGAGAAGCGUGGCUGGUUCACAUCUUUGGUUUGUAGAGGAGUCAGAAAGAGGUUUUCACUGCACUAGGUGAGGAGCCACAAUACAGGAAAACAUCCUUGAGGGUGAAAGUAGGGAACACUGUGAAGUCCCCACAGUUAAAGACAACUGCACAUUUUGCGCAGAAGUUGAGCUUGUUGUUUGUUUCCUUUAGCAAACAUGUGGAAGGCUAAAUGUCAGAUGUGAAUCCUUGUUUACCUAUAGCAAAUUUAUUUGCCACAUAAAUAUUAAUUUGGACAUUUCAUUUGAAGUUGACAAGUCAACUAGAAGUUGAAAAUACAUCCUUUCCCCUUUGCUCCUGAGAAAAACGAAAGAGCAAAAUUAGCACAUUCCCCCACUGGGUAUUAGGCAGCCUGAUACCCAUGUUCUAAACGCAUUAUAUUAAUUUCAAUAUCAUUUCUGUGAUAAGUUUUCAGACUAGAUACAAGUAGCCCACUUCUCUCAAUUUUAGUCAACUAGCACUGAUUAGGAAGUUGCUAGUGCUGAUUUCAACAGCUUCCUCCCACCCCCCCCCAUAGCCUUGCAUAUAAGUCUAUGAAAUUAUGAAUCUGCAUACAUUUUUACUAGCCCACCUAUACCUAUACCUGAAUGCCUCAAUAUACACAUUUCUUUAUCUUGGUCACCUAAAGGUUAUUCCUAGUUGUCAUCAGGUGGAUAGUUGAGUGGAUAUUGUUAGGUCAAGCCUGCAGUAAGUUUUUUCAGACUCUCAUCAAAUGGUUUGUCACCAAAGUUACCCCCGUGGGAUGCUGAGAAUGAAAACAUUUUUGCUGAAGAGGAACUUCAUUAAACCCGAAAUCUGGGAUCCCCUCCAAACCUGUGCCACAGUUUUGCAGUUGUUUUGCAGGGUUUUGCAGAGCAAACCUCACGUUUUGCAGCCCCCCCGUCAAACUGAGUAAUCAAACUGGGGUAUGUUGUUAACCCCCCAAAAAAAUCCUGUGCCAAGGGGGACUGAAUUUUUUUGUCUUCUCCCCCAAGGAGACUGAGAGAAGGAAUGGUGAAGAGGUUGAGAGGGAGAGCCAAGAGUUUAUGAGGCAGAGAUAGUGAACUAAACUGAACUACCUUCAGAUGACAGGAAGACCAGUCUUCUGCCCUGACUCAGCUUUAAUCCAGCCACAGUUUAUUGCCAGGCAAGUGGCUGAGACUGAGGCCUCUUGCUGCAUUCCAGCUCAGACUGUAAGAUCAGACAGGUCAGAGAAACCCCACUUGCUCAUCUGUGGAUAACUGAUUUACUGGAUUCUGUUCCUUCUCGUGUUUUGUUUAGCAGCAUGCAUAUUUAUCUGAAAUGUUCCUCUUUUGUAUUUCUCCCACUCCCAAUUUGAUCAAAUUACCUACGGGCUGUGAUAUGAUGUCAGUUUUCUGGAACGUUUUGAAUUGGUAUUUUUUCUUAAAUUCCUCCCCCCCCCCAAAAAAAAAUAGGGUACGUUGCAAUGGAAAAAAUUAUGAUGCCCUAGAGAGCGAUCUUAUUUAGCAUGCAUAUUUUAUUUGUAUUUAGUAAAUGAAGCUAAAAACUUUGAAACUGCCAAACUUACCUAAUAUUUAUUUGUAGUUGGCACCAUUCAUUGUUUCGGUGGAAAAAAUAAACACUGGAAAACCUUCUACCCUACAGGUUCUCCUUGUAAUUCUGUUGGCAACUUAAUCAGUCCUACAAAGGCUGUGACGUUUAUCCCCCUUCAUCCAUCCCAUUUCAGUUAAACAACAACAACCACUAAGCCCAGGAUUCCUAGUAAAAGAAGUUGCCAGUAUGGAAAGUGGGGUUAACAAAUGUUGCAUGUAUAAAAUACAUGUUUGCUAAGAGUAGUUGAAAUAUCCAGAGCAGUUACAUUUUAUUCUGCAACCUAAAACAACUUCACACAGGAAGCAACUAUUGUUUAUGCUUUUAUAAUUUCAAGGUUACACUACUGUAAUGUACUUUAGUGGAAGACAGGAGUGCCUGGCGUGCUCUGGUCCAUGGGGUCAUGAAGAGUCGGACACGACUAAACAACUAAACAACAACAACAAUGUACUUUAAGUAGGCCUACCUUUGACAGUUUGGAAGCUUCACCUGGUGCAAAAAACCCCAGCUGGUGUAUGUUUCUUUUUUCUUUUUCUUUUCAGUUUUCAUUGAAGGUGUCUCAUAAUUUCUAGGGACCUAGUUUCUGUCUCAAAAUGAAAUUCAGGUAGAAUCAGAGCUAAAAAACAAGUUUGGAGUGACACAGUUUGAACACUGCCAUUUCAAUGGUAGGACCAUGAUACAGAUGGGGAGACUUUGUACUGCCAAAUCUGUGUGGAGUAAACCCUAUUUGCCUGGCAUUAAAGCAUGACCCAAAUGAUCAUGUUCAGUUGAAUAUGGAAAGUGCCAAGAUAACUGCAUUAGGGCUAGAAAUCCUUGGGUAGAAUCUUACUCAGUUUUUUCAGUAUGCAAGUUGACCUUGCUGGUUUUGUUGUAAGAUUUAGCGACUUCUGAGUUUGGCUGCUUUUGAAGUUUUCACUGAGGCUUGUUUAAUCUAAGGUAUUUCCCCUGUGAAGCCAUAAUUCGGUCCUAAUGCCAUUAUUCUUGUAGAAUUGUUAGUACCACAUAUUCAGUAUUGGGACUUUACUUAAAGCUGAAAUUGUAAAACUUAAAAAAAGAGGGCUUUUGGACAUUUAUAAAACGUUUACUACCUUAAUUAAAUUUAGCUACAUUUUGCCCGGAUUUGAUUUACGGCAUCCUAACAUGCCUGCAAUGAGUUUCAAACGUUCAUUAGUCGAUGUUCCAGCUAAACUCGCAGGUGGGGAUUCUCAAACUUAUGGGGACAUUGUGGAAUUUUGAAACAGUGCCAAGGAAUACUGACUUUUCCGCUAGAUUCCCACCCCGCUGCUCCCACACCACACUGCUUUUACAUUUAGUAAAAGUCAGAUACAACAGAAUUAAAACAGAUCUUCUUGAAUAUGCAUGAUUUAAAUACUCUCCCCCCCCCCCCAAGAAAGGACUCCCAUUCAUUCACAUUUUGCCUUUCCACAGGAUCUGGGUAAAAGUCAGCUCCACUAAAAUCAGAAGACAGAUCUUAUUACAUGGUUUUUAAAAUGAGAUCCACUCAGAACCACAAUCAAAUGAGAUUUUACAUUGGUGUCUAUAGACUGCAUGCUAAAAAUCAUGGAUCCAGCACUUGCCAGCAGUUACAUGACACACCCAAAAAGAUGAACCCACGACAUCGAUCCUGAUGAAUUAUCAUGAUUUUUAGAUAUGUCAAUAAAACCAUCAUGUCACAUAAUAUAUCUGAGGUUACCUAUGAUUUGCCUGAGGUAUGGGGAGAAACUUUGUAAAAAUCAUGAGAAUCCAACCCCCCCCCGCUUCUAAUUCAUGUUUUUUGCCGUUUUACCACCCGUUCACUCAGUUUGGAGAGUUCCCUUUGGAGCUCUUCACAAUCUCUCUUUGUUGUAGUGACCAUCAGCAAACGUGGCCACCUCACUGCUCAUUGCUAACUCUAUAAAUUGUUUAUGAACAUGUUAAAAAGCAAAGGUCCCAAUGCUGAUCCUUGAGGGACUCCACUUUCUAUACCUUCAUUUGGAAAACUGUUCAUUUAUCCCUACUCUUUGCCUCCUGCAGCUUAAUCAAUUCCUGAUUUGCAAGAGGGCCUAAACCUCUUAUACCUUGGCUGCUAAGUUUAUUCAAGAGUCUUUGGUGAGGUACUUUGUUGAAAGCUUUUUGAAGCUCCAUGUACACUAUGUCAACCAGAUCACCUCUAUCUGUAUGCUUUUGUUGACGCUCUCAAAUAACUCUAAAUAGGUUCAUGAUACGAAUGUUCUCCGUAGCAGGUGCUUUACCACUGAGUCUGUGUGAGAGCUCCCAAGUGUGAGUAGGUGUGCCACUUGGAGGAAGGGCUAGUACAUUUUUGUGGUUGCGCUUCUGCAAGGUUACAUGAGAGCUAGUGUCAGAUUUCUUAAUUUAGGCAGCUUGAGCAAAAGGCUUAUGUGGCAAUGCUUCCUAUAUUUUGUCAGCUUCAAGAAACUGAAGACACUGGCAGUUUCCUCUUUCUUUAUACUGUACUUUUAUUCACUUGUAGGGCAAACUGUUUAACUUUUAAUUUCAUUUGAACACAUAUUCGGAGUUUCCCAUUUAUUUAUUGGUCCCUGUGACAAGGCUGCAUUAAUGCCCACCUACUUUCAGGGUCUCUGGGGCUGCGUUUGGUGAGCCAGUUCCGUGUAGGGAUCUCAACUACGACUUGUGUGUUGAUUUGGAAGACUAAUAAGUGAAAUGAUGUCUUUGAACCACUGCAUGGCAGGGAGACAGCUUGGCACUAGUCUUCAGUAAGCUUACAUUCAGGUAGGCAAAAUUGAUAUGAGAGCAGCCCUUAAAGGGACAGUCCUUAAUUAGAGCCAAAGAUGGCGUCUUGGUUUCAUGGAAUCCUUCCCCCCUGCUGUAUCCAGUAAGAUAUUUGUACAGAAUAUUUUGGAUACGUUUUGGGAUCUCAUAGAAUUGUAGAAUCAUAGAAUUGUAGAGGAUCAUUUAGUCCAACCCCCUGCAAUGCAGGAAUAUGCAGCUGUCCCAUGCAGGGACUGCGUUUGCAACCUUGAUGUUAUCAGCACCAUGCUCUAACCAGCUGAGCUGUCCUCAACAUUAUUUUUGUGCCUCUGAUGUGUUGCUCAGAAUUUCCAGAAUAAUAUGGAUGAAAUGCUGGUUCCUGCACUGAUUCAGAAGAGAUUGCAGUCUAAAUGUGGGGACAUGCAGGAAAGAAACGCAGGAGGUGGCAGGGGAAACCAGGGCUGAGUGCAAAUGAAAUGCAGUUAGCGGUGCGUAGGUUUUAUUUCACUGGGGAUUAGGAUUUAGGAGCAACAGAAGAGGGGAGUUUGAAGAGGCCCUGAGGGGGAGCAGCGUGCAGAUGUAACUUGUGUUUUAAUGUAUUUGAUAUUUGAUGUUAGUCACCCUGAGCCCGAUCUUGGCCGGGGAGGGCGGGGUAUAAAUAAAAAUUUACUUACUUACUUACUUGUGCAACUACAUUCUAGGCAUUAGGGGCAGCAAAAGGGGAACAGUCAGAACUUAGAUACAGUGGUGCCUCGCAAGACGAAAUUAAUUCGUUCCGCGAGUUUUUUCGUUUUGCGGUUUUUUUCGUCUUGCGAAGCACGGUGUCGGAAAAGUUUUGGAAAAGCUUCAAAAAUCACCAAAGUCUUCAAAAACCUCAAAAAAGGCUACCACACCGCGUGCUAUGAGUUGCUCCUCGAAGUCAAGUCGCAACUGUAUUAACAGUUUUAAGAAAAAAGGAAACAAACUUGCAAGACGUUUCCGUCUUGCGAAGCAAGCCCAUAGGGAAAAUCGUCUUGCGAAGCAACUCAAAAAACCAAAAACCCUUUCGUUUUGCGAGUUUUCCGUCUUGCGAGGUACCACUGUACGUAAAUGCUGAGAAGUCAGCAUAUGAAACAGCUAAUGGUUGGGGGAAUAACUUAGAAAAACAAAACAAAGCACCAUUCCAGUGAAUUAAAAAUACAAAUCCUGCUCCUACUUCUCUUCCAAAGUUCUAACUUAAUGGUUUGCCUGUUCAAAAACAAAAGAAAACACUGACUGGGAAUCCCCAUCCAACACUAAAAGAUUCCAGUUGUAGGGUAUUAAUAACCAGCUUAAUACUGAGUCUUGCAUGAGUCAGUACUUUAUUUUUUCCGUAGCUUAAAGCAUGCCUUGCAUAUUUUCAUGCAAAUGAAAGAAAUAAUGUUUUUAGAGGCUGUAUAAAAGGCAUUUGUGGUAUAUUUGCCAUUAAAAAUAAAGCUUCUCCAGUUAUAUUUCAAGUUGUCUCUGUAGGAAGUGUGAAGUGGGCAUUUAGAGACAGUUUCAAAAUGCUGAAGAAAUUAAAAGGGCUGUUCUUGAGAAGCCUGCAACUGGGCAUUAUUAUCCAAGCUUGAGCUUACUCCAAAUUAGGGCUUUGCGUGUUUUCUUUCCCCACUGGAGGGCAACUUUCCACUGUUGGGAAGUCACAGCCUGCACUAUAAAUGCAAAGUUCAAAACACAUAAAACUUCUCUUCUCAAGGCAGGGAUGAUUGGUUUGGUCAGGUGUGGGGAACCUUUGAAUCUUCAGAUGUUCAGGAUCUACAACUCCCAUCAGCCCCAGCAAAUAUGGCUCAUGGCCAGGGAUGAUGGGAGUCGUAGUUGAGCAACAUUGGGGGGAGGAAAUGCCCCCCCGCACCUCGUCUAAGGUGCCAACUACCCUCUAAUGAUGUGCUGUGUUCAUGCACAGCACUUUUUUCCGUAUCAUAGGUUGUUGUUACUAUUAAGAGUAAUUAGAAGCCCAAACUUGCCACAUUAUUUUCUAAAAUGCUAAUUUUGAAGGAAGCAGAGAGCAGAGUCGCUGAAAUCAUAUUUCAUGAUUACUGUAUUAGUGACUCAUCAUCUAGUUUAGGCAUUCUUUAUGCUCAGAAUCAGUUUGCCAGAGGUUUAAUUAGCACUGAACUUUGCAAAGGAUGUUCGUAUGUGUGGGUUAUCAGGUAAGCAGCAAAGGAAACUCUACCUGUUACCAGCUGGGCCUUGAAAGGUCAAACUGUGCAAAGGUGGGUUUCAUUAAUGGCCGAGAGGGCAGUCUAUUCUACACUUAAUGCAUGCUUAAAUUGUGUUCCCCUCAAGCUGAUUUUGCCUCUGGUGCCUACAGAUUCUUCCUUCUUGACUUCAGUGGGUUUUCAGUAUAGAAAACGAGUGACCUGUCAGGCAGGAGCUUUCUCCCCAAAGCAGGUGCUUAGCCCAUAAGCUUUUCUUUAUUUUCAGGGUUUUAAGGAAUUUAAUCAGGGCUAAAAGGGGGGAAAUGCAGUUAACCCUGGCUACAUGGGUUCAUGUGCUGACAGGACUAACAACUUCUGAUUUUAAAAAAUGUGGGCAACUUGAUCGGUCCAGGCAAGUCAAUGGACAGAAGUAGAAGCAAAAGUUGUAGCAGCAGCUGGAAUGCCAGGAGGAAUGAGAUGAAGACAUGGAACUGCCCUGAGACCUCCGAGUAUAAGGCGGUAUAUAAAUUCAAUAACUUUUUUAUUUAUUUUAAAAAUUGAACACUUCCACCCACUCCUGCCUCCCUUUUGCCUCUACGCUGAGUAGAACAGAGUUGGGGAGACAUUCUGGAGAUAUUGAGUUUUAUUGUUUAUUGCACUCAAAUUAUUUUUUUCUGUGAGUUUAGUAUAAUUGGCUUGUGAUUCUUAAUUUAUACUCUUGCUGUGUACUAACCCUUGGAUUUUGUGAAGCAUUUAACUGCUCUAAGUUGCUUUGGGAACCAAUCUUGGUUGAGCGGGAUAUAAAUAUACUAACAGUACAGUUGCUAAUCAUGUUUGCUUGGAAGUAAGUCCUACUGUGUUAAAUGGGACUUAAUCGCCAGGUAAGUGUGCAUAGGAUUGCAGUUUAAGUGAAUAAUAAAGCUUUUCAUUUGCUCCUGUGUCUAGUGAUGGAAGUCAUGAUGUGCGGCCACUGCUCAUGUACCUGCAUUUUAGAAAACUACAUUUCUGGUUUGUGCUGUUACCCUCUUCAUCCAUGUUGUCUGAGAAUAGGUUAUCAAAAAAGCAGCCACUGAAGUUGGAGCAACAUUCCCAGCCGUCCUUUGCUGAUUUUGAUGUACAGUAAUGCCAAGUCACAGCUUGCCCAAAUUAUGGUCUCAUAGCAUAAUUUUGGAUCUGGGUUUGCAAACAAUGGUAGAUGAUGGUGGCCUGGACAUCACAAUAGACCAUGGAUUGAAGUUUAUGUCUGAUCUUAUGAGUUUAUGGGAAGGCCCAUAAGUGUCGAUACCACUUUGUUCUGCUUGCGCUACCUUUUUCUUUUAAACUACUGUUUUAUUCUGAUUACUGUGAAAUACAUUUGUGAGCUGUUGCUUAGGGUAGGAAUCAGAUCCCCCUAACCUUGAAUUUUAACUUCUAAUGGUGAGAGGUGCCAAAUUUUGUGCUUCCAGUUCCCCUGAACAAAUAGUUGAUUCAAAACUUGAUGAGACAUCUGAGAUGUGGGCUCCCGGGUGUAGUAUGCCUGUUGCCUGCAGUUUAUAGCAGUUGCUAAUAAAGUUCAGGUUUAGUUCAAGACUGUUAGGAUGGUUUCUAAAAGCUCUGCAAGCUUUAGUCUUUUUAUAUCCUAGAAACCUCUUAUGUGUGCAUAAUAUAGGUCAAUUGUUAAGAUGGUUUGGUGGAAUUUUGCUUUGGCUCAUAGGCAUACUUGUCCCCUUACAGCUAGGUCCCCUGGAGUUCAGAAAUACUUUAAGACUACUUUCAUACUGAAGCUUUUCUUUUUCUUGUUGUUGUUAAAAUCCCUCUAGCGUUCUCACUAUUGCAUUUGCUUCUGUUGUUGUUUGAUGGCUCUGUGUACUUCAUAUUUUGUAUUCAUUACUCUUUUGGGAAAGUUUUUUUUUUUUAGUGCAAUGGGGCUCUAAAACAGAAUGCGGAAAUUUCCUUACAUUUCAAAAAUAGUAUUGGUAAUUUUUCAAAAUCAAAUUGGUUUGGAUCUUUCUAUAGCUUUCAUGAAUUCAAUGCAAGGCCUGCCAUUGCUUUGAGUACUGAAGUAAUAUAAGCUGUCACUGUAUGGAGAUCUAGGCAUCAUGGAGAUGGUGGCCUUUUAGCAGAAAUGCAAAGUUAAUGAAGCCUGAGGAUGUGGUCAAGAUGCUUGCAACUUCACAGCCUAUUACAUGCUUUCUUGAUCAUAUUUAUCCUGGCUGAUUAGUGCCAGCCCUUGAAGCUUUACUGGGUAGCUCCAAGGUGUGAUGAAUGCUUUGUGGCAUGAUAGGAUGGUCCCUGCUGCUUUGGAGGAGGUGGUAGUGUGGCCAUGCAAGGGGGAAAAAACCACUUUGGGAGCAGAGGUUUAUGCCAAUUAUUGCAUGCAAACUACUUUCAACACACCUUUUUUGAGAUAGGGUGGGGCUGGUUCAGCUGUGGAUGCUUUUCUAGUCUGGUCUGGUUUUGGGGCAGAGUUGGUCUCAGUCACCCUGAUAGAUAACCUUUGGGAUGAGGAAGUGUGACCAUGCUGAGAUUGCUUGGAUCUCUCUGUGACCAUUGAUACCAUUCACCACAUUAUACUCCUGGACCAUCUUUGUAGGUUGGGGACACCAUUUCACAGUGGUUUUACUCCUACUUGUGGGGUUGGUUCCAGAAAAUAGUAUUGGAUAGCUGUGUCUCAGCCCCCUGGCAAUUGAUUUGUGGGAGCCACAGGCAACAAUUUCCUCCCGAAAUGAUUUAAUAUUUAUAUGAAGCCAGUGGGGGCAGUCACUGGGAGAUUUGUGGCAAAGUGUCACUAGUAUGCUGAUGAUACCCUUCUAUAUUUCUUUGGGACAUCUGAACCAGGAGAGGCUGUGUAUGUCCUAAACUGGUGCCUAGAAGCCCUAGAGGCCUUCAUAGGCUGAAUGAGAGCAUAUAAACUGUGACCAGACAGAGACACUAUGGAUAGGAAAUCCCCAGAUCAUAACCUUUCAGUUAACUCUAUAAUGCUAUCUAUGUGUCUUAAGUGCCCUUUGACAAAGUCAUAUUGACAGUAGAUCCAUUGAAAUGAAUGGACUUAAAUUAAUUAUGAUUAACUUAAAUCCAUUGAUUUUACUGGGUCUCCUCUUGAGUGUGGCAUAGUCAAAGGCCAUUCUUUGAAUUUAGCUUGUUACCAAUCCAAGUCCAAUUUUUUGGAUAAUCAAAAGUUUGCAUUGGGUGGGGAGCCUUGACUCUGUAGAUUUCCCAUCUCCUAUCAUCCCUGACCUUUGCCUGUGCUAUCUGGAACUGAUGGGAACUAAAAUUCAACAAUAUACAGAGGGUUUCCCACCCUUGGUCUACAUUAUUUUAUCAAAUUGCCCACUAGCUUUGAGUCAUUGUACAAUGAGUUGAGCAUCUUAGUGUACAAAAUCAUUGUGAUAAUCCUCCCAGUCUUGCAUGUGAGCUUGUUUCUUCUCUUAAUCUAAAACAGGGAGAGGUUAGCAGCCAAAUGCAGUGCCUUGAAUCAUAUGACAAUUUGAAGUCUGUGAAGGAGGCAGGAAUGGACUAGAAUAGUGUAUGCUUCCCCCUUCUCAUUGCAUGAUUACCAGCAAGUUACGACUGGACUUCUGCACCCAACUUCAUUAACUAGAUAGUUCUGAUUCAUUCCUUUUGUGCCAUCUGUUCAUUAAAUGACGUUGAGGAGGAAGGUGAAAGAAAUUGCUCACACUUAUGAGUGUUUGAAUGAAUGAUGCUUAAUUUGUCACUGGUGAUUGUCUAAUAUUCAGUCUUAAUACCUUCAAAAAUUUACAUUUAAUUGGUCUGUAGUAUAAAGCUCACUGUAAACUAAACCUGCCAAAACACUGAUCAGAGAACUGAUUUUCUUUUACAGCAACCACCGCUUAAUCAGUAGUUGUUUUAGCAAAUAAUCUUGUGCAAAGAAGUCUAAAAUACUCUCUUAAAAAUAAGUAUGCCCAGAAAAUAGUCAGACUUCAUACUUAUGUGCAGUGUAUGCACAGGAAGCUGCCAUUAGUUUUAACUUUUUCUCAAGGGAAAGAUGCUUCAACCUCUUGAUCCUUUUGGUUGCAAUAUUCUGUAAGUGGUGGUCCUUUAUCUCAUAUAGGUAAAGGUACCCCUGACUGUUAGGUCCAGUCAUGGACGACUCUGGGGUUGUGUGCUCAUCUUGCUCUAUAGGCCGAGGGAGCCGGCGUUUGUCUGCAGACAGCUUCUGGGUCAUGUGGCCAGCAUGACUAAACCGCAUCUGGCGAACCAGAGCAGCGCACGGAAACAUAUACUCAGCAGCAAACCUGGGGUUGCAACAGGGAGCUGCAGCCAGUCCUGGUUCCUUGCUGAGUGUAUCUGUAUGAUACAUGAGUGUAUCUGUAUGAUACAUGAGUCCUGAAAUAUUUUUACACUACAUGUUUAGAUGUACAGUUAUGUGUAUACAACUACAAAAUGUAGUGUGUGAGAGGUGUGCAAGUAAGUGCAUAUGGGAGCGGAGCAGCCCCUGCCUUUGUGUUGUGUGAACAGAGGGCUUAAGACACCAGUAAUACUGCAUUCCUCUUCUGACUUGAGAACAUGCUUCUAGAGCUACUUGAGCUCAAAGGCAUGAAUUGUUGACUAAGAUAUUUAAGCUUGCUAAUCUUGGAAGAUUAAACUGAUUUUACUAAUUUAGGGGUGGUAAUUCAUCUCUGGAAGUUGAAGGAUUUUUGGAAGGGUUGCCAAUUAGUAUUUGGUUGUACAGUAGUUAAUUUUCAGCUAUAUGUGUAACAGCAGUGGUUCACUGUACCAUAGGUGUCGGUUAUUCAUCAAACCAUAUUCUUAAGUCUUAUUCAGUCAUUAUCCCCUCAAUGUAGUUACCACUGUGCAAGAGGGAGAGUCGGGGUGAGCCCAUUAGCCCUCCCCCCCCACUUUAUGUUUCCGUGGUCAUUUCUACUGUCCAUGUGUUGGAGGCAAUUUACAGCUGAGGACUCUAGCUUGCAUAGAACAUCUAGUCAAGUAGAGCAGGUGUCCCACUGCAGACAUUCAGCCCCCAGCAUGUGGAGGCCUUCAGGAAUUUCAGCAUGUACAGGGUGAGUCCUUUAAAAGAGGCUCCGUGGAUACAGAGUACACAUGUUCCCCUGGGCCUCUUUUAAAAGACUCUUUUAAAAGACUCACCCUGUACAUGCAGGAGGAGCUGUCCCAAAUGAGUUCAUUUCUGCUUCCUCCUUUGCAUGUUAGUCCCCAUGGGGUGGGAGGGAGAGUAAUUGCAACAACAUUUCAAAGCAGUUUGCAAGAAAUGCUAAUUAAAUUCAAAAAUCUCUGAACUACACCUGAAAGUAGUGCCCAUAAUUGUCAGGUGCACUGCAUAUGAACUAAGUUCAUUUGGGGUAUAACAUGGAACAAUUUCUAGUUCAGGUUCAUUCUCUUACAUGUGUUUUGUACUCUUUAGACCCUUUGAGCCUUUAUGCUUAAAGAUCAUAAUUGUUGAGUGGCGUGUGUGGAAAUCAAACAAUUCACAUCCCAUUGUGUGUGCUUUGAUGUUUUCUUAGUCUUCUUAAGUAUGUUUUAUUCUUCAGCACAACAGCUUGUGAAUGCUGAAUUUUUGUUUGCAAUCAUUUGCAUCAGUGGUUCCCAACCUUUUUACUCGGUAUAGUGACCCAUAAAUUUAUCAGGUUUUUUUGGACUUCCGGUCAUUGGCAGGCAUUGGUUUUGUGCAUUUUAAUUGCAUGUUUGUGUAUUUUAUUACCUUGAGGCAUCCAAGCAACAAUUUACUUAAUAUCCCCGUUAAUGUGGAAUUUGCUGAAUUGUUUAUAGUACUUUAAAAGUUACCCAUAGUUUUGUUUAUGGGAAUGUAAGAACACCAACCAUCUGAUUGCAGGAUAUGCCUCCAUAAGCUGUAGAAAUUUGUUUUUAAAACAUACAAUUACACAAGCCAUGUUAUAUCUAACAACAUAUUAACAUUUUAAAUAUUUUUAUUCUAAAUGAAGUCCAUUUCAGCAAAUAACAGUGGGAUUGCUAAACUAGCAUUUUGCCAAAGAGUACUUCAAUGUGGGCUUUAAUCGUUGUCAGACAUGGUUCUCAUAUCAUCAUGGAUACAUAAUCUGUUUUUGUAUUUUGGCUUCAUAGCAGCCAUUCCUGAAAAAUCUGUAUCAAAAAGAUAUUUAGUACCAAAUGGCAAGCAGCACAGAUAUUUCUUCAUCAGCAAGCUCUAGAUACUCUGUGACAACAUGAAAGGAAAAUUCAGAGCACCUCAUUUACGAAAGUUAUCUUAGAGGGUCCUAUCACAUGACAAUUGAAGGAGCUGUUCUUCUUGCACAAUGAGGACUUCAUGACAUCAGUUGCAAAUGGGUUUUGCACCUACUCAACCUUCUCAGUUUCUAAGCAGACUUCAAAUUACCAUUGACUUAACUAACCUUGGCAGCAGGUUCAGUGAUGGUUCACUUGUACAGGGAGUUUCUCUGAGUGAUUAUUACAGCUCAUCUGUGAUGCACAGCUGCCAAAGGAGCGCCUUGUGGUGAACUGUCACUGGAUCUGCCACCAGACAGCAGUUCCCAAGUGUUACAGUGUAAGACCUGAGCCAUCCGGAUGUUCCAGAGACAUGUGUUUAUUCAGAUCCCGACCCACUUAUGGGUCAUGACCCAUAGGUUGGGAAGCAGUGAUUCAGCUGAACUUGAAUUGAACUGUGAACUGGAUGGUGGUGAGCUGGAAUUAGUGCCUUUUGGAUUUCUUGAACUUGUUCCUUUUAAAAAUGAAUUCCCAAGUGGCCAUCUCUUUUUUGUUCUUAUAGCAAGAAAAUGCUUUUUAUCCUCUGGCAGGAAAAUAAUGAAAAAAGGCAUUCAUGUACGUCUGUAGAAAUAGAAUAGAUUUGGAUCUUAUCAUGAAAUUUGGCACAGAAUAGUAGAUGAAGAAAGACUCAAUAGCAGAUUGCAUGUGGAUCGCAAGACAGGUAAUACACGCAUUAGGAAUCAAGUUUUGAAGCCUGUGUCCAGUUUUGUCCCAGAAAAACUGGGGAUUAAGAAACAAGAAGUGAGCAGAGCUGGCUGGUGCUGCCAUCCAUUUAUUAUAAUUAUGAUAUAAAUAUCAUAAUUAUUCGGCCACUCCUAACAAAGGAGCCCAGGGCAGCAGAAACAGCAAAAGUAAAACAGUGUCAGACUAGUGGGUUUAACUCCGCGAAAGGUUACACUCUUGUACCUGCUCUACUAGAUCUUGUGGAUCUAGGAAGUUUAUCCAGUGACCUAUUUUAAGCAGGAAAGCAGUUGGCCUUUUGAUAGCUUGACUAUUUUAUGCUAGCAGAAAUAAGUUCACCAGAAAAGGAUCAGAAAUACUUCUCAUUUCUGUCACCCUGUGGUGGCAGGGGAAAAUGACAUCUACACUUUGUUUCAGUUCACGUAUCUCUUAUUAGCCUCAUAUGUCUAAUUUUUCUUCUCUGCACUGUGACAGGCACCCAUCAUUUAAUGUCAGCCCCAUCCCAUAUAUGCAUUGAAAUAUUUACGUGUAUUCCUUAAAUCUCUGGUAUUUGUUCUGGCAAUUGUAGUGUUACCUAACAGAUUGUUUUCCUCUCUCUUUUUAGGUCUCUGGAUGGCAGACUCUGAAAAGAAAUGCAGUUUUAAGAGGUAUGUUGACCACGUGUGCUUCCAGAAUUAUUUGGGAAAAGAGCGCUUUACUGAUGGAAUUGGACUUCUCGCUUCUCACUUUAAAUAGAUGAAAGGGGAAACAGGGAUUGAAAACAACAAGCACACCCAAAUUGAAAUCGGUGCUUUUGAAGUUCUAGUCAUAAUUAAAAUUUGCAAAACGCUUAGUUUUACUGUAAACAAUAAAAUUGCUGCUGUCCCACCAGAUAGAACCUGUUUUAGCCUCAACAUCAGAUUUGUUAUGGGUCCAGUAUAAGUUGCUUUUAAUGUUAGCCUUUAGUGUUAUGGCUUGACAGUUGUGUAGAAGCUCAGGGAGGAUGAGGUAACUGUUGUAAUCUUGAGGGUUUUUUAAAUGUAGGAAUACCUUUUUAUUCAACUGAAAUAUCUCGACACUCUUUCACAUAAAGAAUGUCAAUGGAGAUCCCCAAAUCUGUUUGAAUUGCAUCACUAUAAAAUAUUUGAACUUACCCUCCUAACUGGAACUAGGGAAUUCCUGUCAGUGGCAAGAACUCAUUCAUGCUCUGAUUCCUGCCACAAGAAAUGUUUAAUGUGUUCAAAGUUUUGGAAUGUCACAGAAGAGUCUUUGAAUGGUUAAGUUAUCCUUGCAAGGCUACUGAGAGUCACCCAAACUCUAAGCUAACCCUGCUUCUUCUGGGGUAGUUUGUCCACCACCCUGCACUCAUCUCUCACCUCUGAAUCCUAGAAGCUGUCAGCAUGCAACAGCGACCACACCCUGGGAAUGGCUUUGGCUAGCUGGCUAAACCAGGUCAGGGUAGCCAAUGGGACUCAACCAUUGAUGAGUUAGGGACUUCUCUUGCAUGCGAAGACAGACUCCUGAAGAUUGAGCAGACAAGUAUUGGGUUCAGCAGUCAAGAAGAUGGUUUCUGUACAUGCUGUAGAGGGAAGUGAGGGGUAGAUGGGGCUCAUCCACCUGGAAAGGUAGCCCACCUAGGAGAAGGAAAAAUCUGAUGCUAAAUCUCUGCUGCUUUGUGGAAUACCUUCAGGAGAAGAAAUGGCUAAGGAGCAGGGCUUUUUCUCAGCCGGAACUUGCCAGAAGUCAGUUUCAGCACCUUUCAAGUGGGUGCUAUUGCCAUUCUAAGAGAAUGAGAGAGGUUUUCAUGGUGAGUUUUGGCAUGUCUUUUUUUUGAAAAAUAGCACUGCUAAGGACUCGGAGUAAACCCAACACAAAUCCAGAGUGGAGACCCUAAGACAGUUGGAUGGUGAUUUGUACACCUCUUUCUGGCAACUCCUGCCACCGAGUUGGUGCCAGACAUAUUGCUCUGCUUUCCUUUGAAACCCCAUCAGCGAGGCUGGGGUGGUGGUGUCUUGUCUUCUGGGCAGCCCAGGACCUCCAUACACACUGCCCAGGCUUACACCCCAGGGAAGUCACUUCAGUGCUGCUAGUGCAAUAGCUUGACUUCACCCCCAGAGGUGCAUUCCAUUGUCUCUCGAGACAGAUGGAUACCAACAUAAAGCACUAUGCCAUGGGAGCUAGGAAAUUGCUGUUUUCAGAAGCAGAAAAGCCUGAGGUUAUCUUGGGGCCAAACUAGAUAUAACCGGGGGAGAGUAAGUAUUAGCUCUCCCACUGUUUUUUUUUUUUUUAAAUAACAAUUUAAAUACAAUUAGAAGUGUAGGCAUCCAUUUGAGACAAUGUGUUAACCCUAUUCUCUCUGUAACAUUUUCCUAUUAGGCUGCUAUUUGCCCUGCAAGAGAAAACAAAGCAUACAGGUAUCCAUAUUAUUAAUAGCUUCAGAAGAUGAUUUUCACUUAAACAACAGCACAGAGUAAAGGGUUUGACAUACCCACCCCACUGCAGUUCCAGUCAAAUUCCCCAAUGUACUCCUGCAACUAUUGUUAAAUUGUAAAAAUACGUACACUGGAUGUCCUCUCGUGGAUCUUCUGUCAUGCAAAUCCUUUGACAAAUGUCAUAUUCUGUGUAGGAUUCCCCAGGUAUGGAACUGCAGAAGAUUGCAGUCCUGGUUGUUGCAGCUGCUGUUCAUUCUUCUAACCACAGUUAGUGCCCACUUCCUCUGAAGCACAUGAAUUUUCUGUUUGCAUUUAUUAGCUAAGAUUAUGCUGUUUAUUUUGAGGAUUAGAUGGGUUUGUUUAGCAUUACUUCUCGCCAUCUGAUAUCUCAGAUCUCUGGGGCACUGCUUUAUAUGGUGCCAGAGUAUGGCUUACCAUGAAUGUUUUGAGUCCCACACCUACCUUGCUCCUUCCCAGGCUUUUUUAGGUCAGCACAAGACAGGAGAUAAGCCAAAGUUUUGCUUAUUGUGUUGUCUGAACCCAGAAUUGUUGUUAAGGAGGAGAUAGUGUACAACUUUCAGAGCUGUGAAAGGACUGAACUUUGGCUAUUGUCAUGUUCUCAGCAUGGUUUGUACAGAUGUGGCCAUUACGUGAUUUAGAAAGUAUCCUCCAUGGGCAAAUACACUCAAAUACACCAAGGGGAGAGAUAAACUGCUAUUAUACUAUUGCAACAUUUACCAUAUUUUACACUCGUCCAGCCUGGAGUAGAAGGGAGAUACACACACUCUGAAAAGCACAGAAUGAAGCAAAACUAACCCCCCACCACAAAGCCAUCAUGGCUGGCCAGUUUGGCAAUGUUGUGGAGAUGAUAUGGCAAAGUUUGAAAUGGAUGUUUGAGCUGGAUACUGCGAUGGGGGGCUACUUACGCUGACACAGAUGUGCCCUAUUACACAUUCUCUCAACUCACAUUCUCUCAAUUCACUCUCAACUCAGACAUAAUGAAACCUUCUUCUUUCUUUGGUGAUCACUUGUAGCCGAGUAAGAUUGUCUUUCAUGAACACAGUGAGUACGUAAGUGACUGUGGAGGCCAAUUCUGGAUCCACACGUCCUUCCACAGUGGGGACAUAGGUUUCUGGAUGGGAGCUGAUGAUGGUGAGGGUUUGUCAAAUGUGCCUUCCUCUUAGCAUGUUUCUCCCUUUUGUCCUGAGUUCGAGUGUCUACAAAGUCCAUGAUACCUUUGGUAAAGGCAGCAUCUUCCACCAUGUGAGCAGGAAGACACCAGCAACCCAAAGCUGUUGGCAUCCUUGCACUCAGAAGUACAGUUUGCCCUGGCAGCACAUACUCCUUGCAAGUACGUUUUUGAUUGCAGCAUGUAAAGAGAAGGAAGGAGGGGCCAUAUAACACAGAGCCCUGAGAGCUUCCUUGGAAAGAGGCCUGCAGAGAAGAGAGCAUAGAGCCCUCUUUGAGACAAGAGCUCAAGACUCACUGAAGGAGUAGAAGUGUCUUUUGCCAAGCAGGGAAAGGGAAGUACCAGGAUAAAGGACAAAGGAAACUGCAACCGCUCACUGUAUAGGGCACGAGGUAGGGAAAGUGGAGUUUGAACCUCACCAGGGGGAAUAGGGAGAAGAUGAGCAACACCAGAGACACUACUCAUUAGUUCCCUAUUGGCAGCAGACAGGAAACAGAUGUGUCGUGACACAUUGGUUUCCCUCAGCGUUGAGACCCAGUCACAUGUGCCAGAAGCACAUAGGUUGCAGAUGAAGCCUGGCAGAAUAAGUGGCAUUCUCAUGGAGGGGGUCUGAAAGUAGAUCAUACCAGGGAGAGGGAUUUACCGCUUCCUGGCAGUAAAAGAGCAUGAGUGCACAAUCUUGACCAGAUGUCCGUCCGGUUGAAUUCAGUGGGGCUUUUCCUGAGGAAAUGGGGUUAGGAUUACAGCCAAAUCGUAGUGAAUAGCACCUGGGAUGGAAGAGAUCCUGAAAAGAAAGGUCUGUGGCAUAACCAGGAGGGCUGCUGUGCCUUAGACAGGUGCUCAGUUGCAAGGUAACUGCUGUGGUGCCCCUCAUGGCUCACAACUUCAUGUUGAUACUGCGAACAAAGAGUGGCUGGAAGAAGUAGGCCGGGAACAGGCAGGGGCAUCCUGAUUGCUGGUCAUGGGGUGCUCUUCCUUGGGGCCUACGUGGGGCCUUCCUUGUAGGCCGUGGGGAAAGCCCGCCCCAUGAAAGCUUGGUACCUGCAUCUCCUCAAGCACAGCUGGUGUUUGUAAGAGAAGACUGAGUGCUUCCCUCCCCCACCAGCCAUGGGGGAGAGCCAUCCUUCUCCCUGUUUCAUGGGAGUUUGCAGUGGAACUGCGUGUGUGCUCAAAGAGCUUGUCUUGAUCCAUGUGUCCAGGCUGUGACCAGCAUGGCAGAAGUGUUUGGCUAGCAGUAUCAGUGUAUGGAGUGGAGAGCAAGUGUGGUGUAGUGGUUAAGAGCAGUUGACUCGUAAUCUGGUGAACCGGGUUCAAUUCCCCGCUCCUCCACAUGCAGCUGCUGGGUGACCUUGGGCUAGUCACACUUCUCUGAAGUCUCUCAGCCUCACUCACCUCACAGAGUGUUUGUUGUGGGGGAGGAAGGGAAAGGAGAUUGUUAGCCACUUUGAGACUCCUUAGGGUAGUGAUAAAGCAGGAUAUCAAAUCCAAACUCUUCUCUAGCCUACCUAUAUGUGCGGAUGCCUUGUAUGGAAGAGACUGUUUCUUGCUACUCUGGCUAUGUGGAUGGGUGGGGGUGGUGAAAGACGUAGGAGACGGUUGAAUCAGUCAUACUUUGUGGGCAUACAACCCCCCCUCUCCCCCAGCGUUAAGGACCUGUCAUAUGGAGAAUUGCCUAUGCUGAUUUUUCUUGGAAAGCUUGGCUUUGAUGGAUAUGCAGUACCCUCAUCGGACAUAAAAACAUAUGAAUGAUUCAUUUCUAACAAUCUACACAAUAAUUUGUAGAAGGCCUCUUAAGGGGAGAGAAUAGUUAAUCAUAAAAAAAAAGAAUUUCCCCCCUCCCCUAAGAAUCUUGAGUUUGGCUCUUGUUAGCUAGUUUUAUUGAAUGACAUGUACAUUUAUCAGGAAACCAAAGGAGAAUGGUCAGUGCAGCAUUAUCUUAAAGUAAUCUGAAGACGCAAGUACACUGAAUUACCCUUACUGCAAUGAAAUUAUGAAAUGUGUUCCAAAAUAAAAAUUAAUUAAAAUGUUUUCUGAGCCAAAGUGUCUCAGCAGUUCUUACUGAAAAGCAUGUUAAUUUGGUGACACCUGCCGCGUAGGAUACCAUUGCAACAGAUGGUAAAACUAGCUCCCUCCCCCCGUUUUUAAUUAUUUAAUGCUAUACUCCUCUUUUUCCAGUGCAGAUUUUCCCAGUGAGGAAAUGUGAGCAGGUGUUUUUAUCCUACUUAUAAGUUUUAGUAUGUCAUACUUCAGCUGCUUUCUGGGAACUUUGAGUUUGUAUAUUUUUUAUGAGCCAAACUUGCUCAUCAAAUUUGGGUAUUUUCAUAACGUUCUUGAGAGAUUUUAACAGUUUGUUUUGUCAGGGUCCCCUCUACCCCUGCCCUUCCAAAUUUAGGGUUCAGGGAUUUCUUCUUGAUGAAAGCGCACAUGCAUGCAUUACACACAGAUUACAUGGAGACUUGUUUUUAACUUCUGUUCAAAGUCCCCAGUUGAAAGAAGGACGAUGACUAACCAUUCCUUAUUGUCUUACGCUACCAACAUACACAUUAGUCCCCACCCCCAAAGUUACACAAACUUUUGAUUCAUAGAUAAUAAAAUAUGUAACAUCUGUCCCCUGAGGCAGACUUUCAACGAUUCCUUGCAGACCGAGCGACUCCAAAUUCCUAGAUACUGGAUUCCUAUCAUGCUGCUUUUUAACUGACCUGAAGUCAGCUGCAGGUUAUAUCAGUCUAAGGUCAGUUCAAUCGUAUACAUUCCUACUCAGUUCAAUCGUAUACAUUCCUACUCAGAGGUAAGCUCCAUUACAACAUCAUGACCUAGGAAGCUUCCUUAUACUUAGUCAGACUGUUGACCCACCUAGCUCAGAAUUGUCUACUGUGACUCCAGGGUUAAAUACAGGUGUGUGUUUGUGUGAUAGAAUCAUGUGAGACUCUACCCAGUAACGUGGGGAUUUUUGGAAGUUUUUGAAAUUUAUGCUAGUAAUUCAUUCUAAUUUGGGAUCCUACAAUCCAUACUUCUAUCACUGCCCCCAACUGCAAUCUGAAGUGGUGCAGUCCAGUAACCUUACCUGCUCCUUCUGAGAACUAGGCCCCAGUUAAACCUGAUUGUGUAGAAUGUCACAAACUUAGUUGCAAAUAAAUAUUGCAGCAUUAGGUCUAGAAUACCAAAUUUUGAACUUGCCUUUAGUAAUUGGAUUGGAUAGUUCAGUGGAUAUUCAUUCUCAUUUUCUUAAACCAGGACCCUUCUUUUCAAGUAAAAUAUUGUUAGGAAGAAAGCUACACUGAAAAACCUAAUCACUCUCUGUAUUGCAGGCUUAUCAUGAACGUCAAAUAUUUAAAUUUGCAAAGGCCACUUACACCCACACUUGGAAAAACUGAUGGCCCUGUUUUUCUUGCAGACACCAAAGAUGCUGACGAGGAAGAUUAAGCUUUGGGACAUCAAUGCCCAUAUAACCUGCCGCCUUUGCAAUGGUUAUCUUAUUGAUGCUACCACUGUAACGGAAUGCUUGCAUACCUGUGAGUAUUAAUAUAUCUACCCAUAGUGAUGUUUCAUCAGAUGUAAGAUUAGUGGGUUGGGUAUUUUUCAUUGUUCGAUACAUCCUCUCUGCCUGCUUCUUCUAGCUCUGUAAUGUUUCAGAGUCAAAUGUCAAAUACCAAGCUUCUCUCCACCCACGCCUCCAUCCAGGAUCAGAUCGUGGGUGAAGACAGAUUCUGAUUACAGAUAAAAUCCAUAUUCUGGCUGGAUAAGACGUUACUUUCUGCUGGGAAGGACAUAGCAGGGGUCCCCGUAAGCCUGAGGCUAACUCUCAUGUGAAUACAAAGCAUAUGCUAUGGUCCUUCUUUUAGUGGUAGGGGAGAGUGUAAAUGAAUUAUGCCAAGUAAUGUUCUGCUUUACUUUGAAGGUGAGGGCAAUGGUAUAUUAUGGUAGGCUUUUAGGAAUGCUGAAAAGUAGGAUUCUUUUGAAACAUAAGGUGUAUUGGAGAAUUAAUGAUGGUGGUGAUGAUGUUUGAAGCGGCACAUAAUCCAAGGUUUAUUGCUGGCAAUAAAUCAGGUUCUUCUUUCCCUCAUACGAACCAGUAGUGAAGAUCUAAAAGGAAGGAUGGGGGGGGGGUUGUAAAUAUUUUGCAAGUGAUAUUUGAAAGAAAAUGAAACAUGGAGAUUUAGUUCAUGUGAUACGUACUAAAUUAUGAGUUGAUUGCUGUGCCGAUUUGUAAGCCUUAGAUUAAUACUCCUAAUUUAAACCUAAACUGAAGACAUUCAGGAACUGUUGUGUGAAACUGUACAAGGCAUAACUCUGGACAAGAGGGAGACAAGAUAGGUUUGUAGCUCUUGCUUAUGUAGCCAUAACAUGUAGCCACCUGCCCCUUGUUAGGUCACAAUCAUUCCCAGUUUGGGUGCUUGUGGCAUAUUCCAUUUCAGUGCUAAGGUCCUUAUGACAUUUGAAAUACCCCCCCUUUGAUAGGUGAUGGCUUAUAAGUGCAUUUAAACUUCAUACAAUUUGCCAUUUAUACAGUUCUUCCAAAACACUGAACUUUCCCCCCAUCCUACUCAGAAGUUCCUCUUCUUUCCCCAUUUCCUUUCCCUCCAAAGGAACUUCUACUCUUUGCAAGAGAGCAAUAAAUAUUUUAAUAAAUAAUAAAACUGAACCAUCGUCUUGGUCUAUCUGGACUUUCACCUUGCUGUCUCUCUUCCAUGAUUUUAGUCAUAUUCUUUCUGUUGACUUUUAAUGCAAUAGGAUAGCUGGGUAAUCGUGUGGGUGUGAAUCUUUGUUAUGUCAAAUGGUCCUCAUUGCUUUGCAUAUAUCUCUCUGCCCUCCCUCCUUGCAAACCAGGCUUCCCUCUAAAGGCUCACAGUGCCUCAUCCUGGCUGUUAUUAAGCACUACCUUGAGCUUGUUUCUGCUAAAAUGUGCAUCAUUUUUUGUGAGAUGUAGAUGGCACUGUUUAACUGCAGAAGCCAGGCACCAGUAUUGCCAAGGUUUCAAAGCCAUUGUAGGGCAGUUGGCUAUAUGCAAGCGGACUAUAUAAGCAAGCAAGGGUGUUCUAGGUAUCCUUUUGCUGUACCUACAACUCUGCUGUUAACGUCACUGAAAUAACCUCAAUUUCAACUUUGGACAACGCUAAAUCAAUGAUGGCACACUGUCAGAUAUGUAAUAAAUAUAUGUUUAUAAGGAACAUCCUAUGUAUUCAGACCUCAGUUUGACUCUAAAGACCAUGUUGUUCUUAAGCAGGAAACAACUUUUUCAUAACUUCAUAUUCUGCAUUCAAACAACCUAAAAAUAAAUGUGUACUUUAAAAUUUAAAUCAGUUUAGAAUUCUAAACACAUGCCAGAAAAGCAAGCAAGCAAACAAAACCCCUCCCAGUUUUAUAUUGCUGCUCUUCUGAUCUUUCUUAUCUAUAUUUUACCCUCUGAAUUUUACCCUCUGAAGAUGAAUGGCAGUGCCUGAAUUUAUGCCUUAACAUUUGUAUGUUAGACAAUACAUCCUUAUUGGGCAUUAUUUAGUUAAAGCUGGAAAGUGAAUACAAAUAGAUGCUAAAAUAUAUAAUGCAUUUAGAUUACAUUUAACUUUUUUUGUAUUGAGAAAGCAGUUUUGUAAAGAAUGGAAUGUUCUAGUCAGACAUGGAAAACCUCAGGCUUGGAGGCCACGUGCUUGGAGCCUUCCAGGGCUUUCUGGCCCUCAUAAAUCUCUCUAGGUCACAUACCCUGGAGAGCCAUGCCCCUGGCCCAGCUUGAGUGCUUUUUGACUGGCUGGAAAGUGUCCAGUGAACCCCAAUAAUGCUGCUUACUUGCUUGGAUGGAUGGAGGAUAGAGAGGAAUGUGUGAGUGUGGAGAAACUAGCCUACUAUACAAAGGUGAUGUUCACAUUUAUGGCUCUGUUCACUUUUGCCUUGGCCCACCCACAUCCUCUAUGUGGCCCCCAGCAGGUCACCCCGAAGGGAAUGUGGCCCUCUGGCUGGGUGGAGGGCAGGUUCUCCACCCCUGGUUUAAGGGAACAGUGUUAAACAUGCAACAUCCAUGUUUGUUCUUAGGACAGUAGUAACCAAAUCUUUCUAUAAACAGUCUGCAGGAGUUGCUUGGUAAAGUAUUUGGAAGAAAAUAACACCUGUCCCACAUGCAGGAUAGUUAUACACCAGAGCCAUCCACUACAAUAUAUUGGGUAAGUAACGUUUUAAGGUAAUAUGUACAGAGAUCUGCUAGGUAUACCUUUUCCAUCAGUGGGCUGGUUUAGAAAUGCAUGUCCAUAAUUUGACUGCACAUCGCUUGACUGCAUAGCACAAUGAAAAUUAUGGGGAGCCAUCCAGCCUUCCUUCGUUAACUUUACUUUUAUGUGAGGGAUGAGUUGAUGUUUCAGCGCUCAUCCCAAGGGAAAUUUCAACGCUCAUCCCACCAUCCAGUGUUAAGAGAUACAAAUUCAGCAUGGAAGUGCUUCAUAGUGAAAUUUACUUCUUGUUAUUUUCUCUCUCUUUUUGGCCAGUCAUGACAGAACAAUGCAAGAUAUUGUUUACAAACUUGUUCCAGGUCUUCAGGAAGGUAAGUGAACAAUAUACUCUUCGGUAAACAUUUACAUAUGAUUAAAACUUUUCAAUGUGGUGUUUGGAGGUAAUGGUUCGAUUUUUUAAAAAUAAAAUAACAUGAAAUAAUGGAUGGCAUGAUGUAGUUCUAGGUUGUUUUUAUGGGGUUGCUUUGGCAACUAAGGGCCAAUUGGCAUGUUACAGUGGAGCUCCAUGCUUGUAAAAGUUACUGGGAUGGUUUUGGUGGUUUCAAGUUUGGACUGGGAGAGAGGGGAGGUCCCCCUGUGGCCCCAAGCCAGAUCACUUCUGCAGAGCUGCUGUUAACUUGUAGAAGAGAAAACUAAUCUCUUGGUUGAUUUUACAGAAAGAAAGUUAUGUUGGGAGCUCCAGACAUGAGGCAGCAAUGUAAUAUGUAGUUUGGCCCUCAAGAUACUGUAGGCAGGAAAAUUCAUUGCAGUGUAGGUGCCUUAUAGUUGCACAUGUGAAUGUGAGAAAUUUUAGCAAGUGGGGAUAUUUACUGGUAUUUACUGAUAUUUGAAUGGGCCCAGAGAGAAAUGACAGGAUAACUAAAUGCCUUUGGGAAAUUUAUUUUAUUUAUUAGCUAAAUAUAUAAAUAACCACCCUUCACCUGAAAAUAUAUAACACAAAAUAUAUAACCAAAAAACAAAAGCAAACCAAUAGUCCCCCUCCCACAAACACAUCUGGAAGACCAUAGAUUGUUUUAAUCAGCCAAAGGCCUGGUUAUAGAGGAAUGUUUUCACCUGGCACCUAAAUGUCUAAAUGUCAUUCCCCUUUUCUAGCAUAUAACUGAUAAAGGACACUUACCUAAGAAGCACAUGAGUAAAUUUCAGAAACAAGUCUCAUGGUUCAGGCAUUUCUAACAUUUCCCAGCGAGCUUCCUAAAUCACCAGUAAAUGUCAAUAUCCACAUAGUUGCUUACAUUUCCUGCAAUGCAUACUAACAUAAAAUUCCUUGUGGAUAUGCUGCAAUUUGCAGUCCUAGAUUUUGCUGUUGCCUGUUUCACUAAUAUGGAUACUUUAUACAUACGGUGUGUGUACAGUAAUACCAUCAUUACUUCUGACUGAAAAUUAUUUCAUAAAUGAACCAGGCAUGGGAGUGGGAGUGGGAGUGGGAAAGACUUUAUUUCACAGUUUGUAAAACAUGAGUCCCCACCUCAAUCCUAAAUUUUGCCAAGAGUCACUAACAAGUGCAUGAAACAAGUGCUGGGCCAUUUUAAAGUAGAAAGUGAAAUCCAAAAGUAGCAUUCAAUCGUUUAAGAAAUAUCUCAUCUUAUUAAGAUGAUGCGUAAUGAGUCACAGAAAAGCUGUCGGACAUUAGAGGGUGCUCUUGAUACAUUUUGCUGAAAGUGUGAGAGGAGUAAAUUGUUUGCUUAAGUUGAUGAAGUCCACUGAUCUUAGCUAAAGACACUGUUUUAAAAUGUUACACAGCGGAAAUGAGAAAGCAGAGGGAUUUCUACCACAAACUGGGCAUGGAAGUACCAGGUGACAUCAAAGGGGAGACGUGCUCAGCCAAGCAACAUUUAGAUUCCCACCGUAAUGGUAAAUAGACAUUGCAUGUAUUUGCUACACCUGUGCUUGCGAAAGGAAAUUGUUUGAACAUUCUUUAUUGAUUUAUAGUAUGUUUAUUACCAAUAUAUUCUGUUUCCUAAAGAAUAUGUACGCUGUUGCUUGUGAAAUGUGGGACAAAUAGAUAUUUUCCCACAAGUAAGCAGUUGGAAGGCUACAGCCUCGUGACCUAUAUAUUCGCAACAAAUUUUACAUUCAUGCCAUUUUCCACAAUUGAUGGUACCUAUGAUCUUCCCCACUGGCUAUUGUAUGGUCCACCUCUUUGUGUAAUGUAGGAAGUGGACCCAUCAUCUGCACAUGUAUGGGUUCUGCGGUGUAGGCAUUCAGAAUGCCUAGUGGUUUAUAAAGAUGACUACAGCUUUGACUAAGGAUGCCGGAUCAAUAGCCAAUUUUUAAGUCUUUAGAGGCAAUAAAACAACUUCACUGUGAUACACUUCACUGUGAGCUGCUUUCAUCAAAGCGAAUUUGAGUGGUGCACGUUUUUCUGCUGUUGCAGAAUGAACGUUACAGUCCUUAAGUGGCAUAAUUGUGACAUGAGCCACUGUAGUUAAGAACCUACUUCAGAUGCAUCAGCCAAGAAUGCAGAAAUUUAUUUAAAGAAAUAAAACGCCUAGGAUCCAGAGCAAGGAAUGUGUUACUGGUUCAAAGACACAAGUGGUAUCCUAAUAUUAGUCUUGACAGUAGUGUGGGGGUGUCCAUUAGUGCCCUAGUGCCAGUGGAUGCCACAUGCUCUUGGUGCAUCUGAGCAAAGGACUGCAGAAAGAUCUGAUGUGGGUAUAGUGGAGUUCUUCUCUCUGUUCACCUUGUGCGAUGUUCUUAUGCGACACAAGUACAAGGCAUUAGGGGCCAGGUGUGUGUGUGGUUCCUGGCAGCUGGGCAGAAUUGGCUGUCCGCAUCUCACUAACUGGGGAGCUCUAAAAUAAAUCCAAUGUAAAAUUGGCUGUGCCAUAUAACCUUGUGUUUGGGAUUGAUUGUCCUGCUCCAGUACAGCUUGUCAAAACAGAACACAAGUGUUGCAAGGACUUUCAUGGCUUUGCAGGUAAAUAUGCCACCCCAAGCGAUUUAGCUUCAUGAAGGGCUUGAUUGUAAGGAGAGAACUCUUACACAGCCUCUGCCUCUGAAGAGGAGCAGAAUAAAGAACCCUUUGCCUACAUCUCUGCUGGGGACAAAUUAGCUGAUAGUGGUUAUGAUCAGGGACAAAUUGUGGCCAGAUUUGUUUUCUGGCUUCCUGUUCUCUCUUUCUGGUAUACUCAAAUUUUAAAUCUCCAGAUGUUUCAGUCAGAAACAGGAAAUGGAAGUUGUGGGCAGUUUAGCCUACAGCCUGAUCUUUUGAAAUAUCCGAGGUGUUGCAAUGAGAAGAAUGUGUAAAUGUUAUGUUGGGAUGAAAAGCCUGAGUUUUGGUGGCUUUGCUGGUAAACUGUUUUCAUUAAAAGCAUCAAGAGCACAAUCAGGUUGUUGGUGGAAUUAUCGAAAGAUCUUGUAACCUAUCAGAAUCUUGAGAGUUUUUUUUUUAAAAAAAACUUUCAAAUGCCUGAGUUUGUCAUGAUGCACUACAUGACAUACUAGACACAUAGUGUCUUCCAUGUGUAGCUUGAAUUGCUCUUAAUAUGAAUGAAUUUAUUGUAGCUGAUAGAGCUACAUCUGAAAGGGCUGAGGACGUCUUGCAUUUAUUUCAUAUGUGAAUUUGAUAUCUUUAGAGUCUUCAACUUUGUCACAGAUGCUCUCUGCUUUUUUCAUAAGGGGAAACAAAAGCAGAUGAGAGUACAAACAAAGAAACGUCGGAAGAGAAACAGGAAGAAGAUAAUGAUUAUCAUAGAAGUGAUGAGCAGGUACUGUUUAAAUAUGUCCUUUUAAUUAAGUAGAUGUUUAGCUUUUGGUUUCAGGAUAGAACCAGCUAGGAGAUAACGUUGUACCUUUUCAAAGAAGUGAGUAGCUAGAGAUGCUACGAUGGGUGUGUUAAUUUUUAAGAGAGAGCGGUGUCCAACAAGAUGCUGCGCAGUGGAAUUUCCCCUACCUUUCCAUCUGCUCAGUGUCCCCUGCAUGUAUUCCGGGUUCCCCCCAAUCUUCCAGAGCCAAUUUGGGAAGGGCACAGGAAGGCAUGUGGGGAGAGGAGGCGAAGUUCCAUUGCAGACACAUUAAUCCUUUUGCUAGUGGAGCACUUAUUUGGAUACUGCCCAGAGUUUCAAAAGUUUCUCAUCAAGUGAGUACUCAGUUUCUAAAACGAAAGCAGGCUAUGCUUGCUGGGUAUUAUGAUUCUUUGAAAGUGUUGAACCCUUCGUUGCAAUCACCUGUAGCCAGGUUUUGUUUUCUGUCAUCCUAGUGUGGUUGGUUGUGGCUCCGAAAACUCCAUACACCAGUUGAAUAAUUGAUGCAAUCUUCUGUACAUUCUGUUUCUGUUUCUGCUUUUUAGAAGUUGGCUUUUCAAAUCACUGCCUUUUAGGACUGUUUCUACAUGUGUAGUUUAUUCCUGCCAGCUGAUCUGUCACCUGGCUUCAGCAGCUGUGAAAAUGUAGCCACUUAGAUAAACUGUUAUUUCAUCCCUAACUUUCAUUUCUUGUUAAUGAAAUUCAGCAUUUCCUACUGCGAGGAAAAACAACGAAUCUUUUUGUUUAAGCAUUUCAAAAUUUUGCUAUUUGAGUUCAUUUUGAAGAAGGCAAUGAUGUGACUGUUUCGAGUAUCUCUGAUGUUUGAAAUUGGGAGAGGCCAUACCUCAGCAGUAGAGCACAUUUUGCAUGCAGGAAGUCUUGAGUUUAAUCCCCUGCGUCUCCUGCCGAAAUAGAUCCUUGGGCAGCAGGCGCAGGAAGGAUAGCCUCCUGAGACCUUGGAUAACCUCUGCUGCUCAGAACAGACAACAGUUGACUAGAUAGAGCAGUAGUCUGGUAUCAUAAGGCAGCCUCAUAUGCUCAGGGUUUUGCUGAAAGCCAAAUCCCUCAACUCCAGUUUUUGUCUCCAUGGAUCAUAGAGGUAGAACUGGAAGGGCCAUUUCUUGUUUGUUUUUUGUUUAGAUGUACAAGACAGCUAUAAAUCCUGGGAAGAGUUAUAGAUCCAAACGGACAGGGAUUUAGCAGUACACCGUAGGGGAGUGGGUAAAUGUAGAGAAGCUGGUCUUGGAAUUUGCACAUCCCAGUGUAAGAAACUUCUUGGUUUCUGUAGAGGAAAACUAAAGAUUCAGUGCUUUACCUAGGCAGGAGGCCAGCACGGUCUUCACUGAACCACCUGAACAACAUCACCAUGUGAAGCUGCCUCCAAUAUGUGGAGCCUCCAACAACAAAAACACAUACCUGUCCCAGUUUGGUGGUGAACAGCAGUUCUGGUCUUGGAAGGUAUAGAUCUCUUGCAUGACUCUUGGAUAUGUGGAAGUUGCAUGCUUCCAUAGGUACCUGUCAGUUGGUACCCAUGAUGUAGCAGCUCCCUAGGAACAUAGGGAGGUUGGACUGUUUCUCCAUCUAUCCCACCAUUGACUACUCCGCCUUGCUGUGGUUCUCCAUGCUCUCAGACUGAGCUCUCUGUCAUCACCUGCUCCCUGACUCUUCUAGAGCAAGAGAUGUCAGAGGUGGAAACUGGGACCUCUCCUGCGUUCCAAGAAUGUGCUCCACAGCUGAUUUAGUUGUACCUUCAUUUUAUGUAAAAUGAAUCCUUGCUUAGUUCAGUUUCUCAACCUUUUUGCCACUGAAACAAGGGGGACUUAGAAGGGAACCCCUAUUAACUCGUAUUGGCUGCUUGUUUCCCCCCCAAAAGGUAAGCAUCUGCUUAGAAUGCAACAGCAGCAAAUUGCGCGGAUUGAAGAGAAAAUGGAUUCGCUGCUCUGCACAAGCGACAGUCUUACAUCUAAAGAAGUUCAUUGCCAAAAAGCUUAAUCUUUCUUCUUUUAAUGAGGUAAACUUUAUAAAAAAUUAUCCUUACAAAGAACAAACAUACGAUUGUGUUGUGUUCUUAAAAUGAUCUUGCAACUCUUUUUUUGAAAAAAUAGAACAUCAAUUUACAAAUGAUAGGUUUUUUUUUUCUGAGACAGAAAUAGCUUGAUGAAUAGAAAGUGUUGGUAUCUUGAAAUAGCCCCUUUAGGUAUAACAAAUGAGAUUUUCUCUUAGAAUUGGUUCUGAAGCUUUUCAGUAUUAGUCAUAUUUCUCUAUUCUUCCUUCACCUGCUAUUUCCAUUUGAACCAUUCAUUUUAGCAUCUAUAGGGAGACUUGGCUGUUAUGAGGUUUGGGGUAGAGGCUUGUACUAAGUGACAUCCUGUCCUGACUGUUGAAGUCCCAGGCCUUCUCUACUUUUUCAAGUUUUUUUUUAAGCAAAAACAGCUGAGAUAACCUCAGGCUUUCAUUCAUACUGUGCAGCUUAGAAAUGUGCUUUAAAAACAAAAAAAUCAGCUCCAGUAGGUCCCCUAAACUUGUGGAGCAGAUUUUAGGGGCACACAGAGUGCUGUGGGGGGUGGGGAGAAGUAAGGGAAGUAAUGUUUGCAUGAGUGGAAGUCUGUUGUGCAAGCUGAAUGCCACAAUUUGAUACCUCACCCUCUAGAAUUUAGGUGGUUUCGUAGCUUGUUAUAAUUAUUAUUUAUUAAAUAUGUUUACCAACCUUCAUCCGAAGUUCACGAGGUGGCUCGCAACAUAAAAAUACACGAAAAGACAAAAUACGUAAUAAAAUAAGAACAAAAACAAACCAAUAACCCUCCUCCCACAAACACAUUUAAAAGGCCAUGGAGCCUUCCUGGGGAAAACAUUCCACAAAUGGGGAGCCACCACAGAAAAGGCCCAUUCUUGUGUUGCUGCCCUCCAGAUCUCUUAUGGAGGGGGCAUUCAAAGAAGGGCCUCAUGGUGAUGGCAGGGUCUGAGUUGGUUCAUACGGGGAGAGGUGUCCUUGAGCUAUUGUAGUCCUGAGCAGUUUAAGGCUUUAUAGAUCAAAACCAGCACUUUGCAUUGGGGCUGGAAACUAAUUGCCAACCAGUGCAGUCGGUGUAAUAUGCUCAAACCGUCUUGCUUCACUGAGCAACCAGGCCACCAAAUUCUGCACCAGCUGAAGUUUCUGAACUGUCUUCAGAGGCAGCCCUACUGUGUUGCACUAAUCUAACCUAGAUGUUACCAGAGCAUAGACCACAGAAGUUAGACUAUCCCUGCCCAGGUAGGGGAGCAGUUGGGUCAGCAACUGAAGCUAAUGGAAGGCACUCCGCACCACCGAGGCCACCUGAGCCUCAAAUGACAACUACAUACCUGUUCUUUCAGAGGGAGUGUAAGCCCAUCAGGAGCAGGCCACCUCCCAUCCAUCUGGCCUAGGGAAACGACCACUAACAGUGUGUCAGUCUUAUUUGGAUUGAGCCUCUCAUCCAGUCCAUUGCCAAGGCAAGAUGAGAGUCCAGCACAUUCACUGCCCCACCUGCAGAUGCGAAGGAAGAACAGAGCCAUGUGUCAUCAGCAUAUUGUCGACAGUGGACUCUAAAACUCUGGAUAACUCCACUCAGUGGUUUCAUGUUAAACAGCAUAGGGGAUAAAAUUGAACUCUGAUGAACCCCACAUUGAAGGGUCUACAGGGCCAAAGAGCACUCUCCAAGCAUCCCCCUCUAGCAGUGACCAUGCAAGUAGGACCAUAAUAAUAAUAAUAAUAAUAAUAAUAAUAAUAAUAAUAAUAAUUUAUUUAUACCCCACCCAUCUGGCUGGGUUUCCCCAGCCACUCUGGGCGGCUUCCAACUGAAUAUUAAAAACAAUACAGCAUCAGACAUUAAAAACUUCCCUAAACAGGGCCGCCUUCAGUUGUCUUUUAAAAGUAAAAUACAGUGGUGCCCCGCAAGACGAAUGCCUCGCAAGACGGAAAACCCGCUAGACGAAAGGGUUUUCCGUUUUUGAGUUGCUUCGCAGGACGAAUUUCCCUAUGGGCUUACUUCGCAAGACGAAAAUGUCUUGCGAGUCUUGAGAUUUUUUUUCCGCUUUCCCCCCCCCCUUUAUCUAAGCCGCUAAGCCUUUAAUAGCCUUUUAGCAGCUAAUCCGCUAAGCCGAUAAGCCUUUAAUAGCCGCUAAACCGCUAAUAGCGCUAAUCCGUUAAGCCGCUAAUAGGGUUGCUUCGCAAGACGAAAAAACCGCUAGACGAAGACACUCGCGGAACGGAUUAAUUUCGUCUUGCGAGGCACCACUGUAGUUGUUUAUUGCCUUGACAUCUGCUGGGAGGGCGUUCCACAGGGCAGACGCCACUACUGAGAAGCUCUGUAACCUCACUUCUCGCAGCGAGAGAACCAGAACCACUGCAGAGCAGUGCCACCACUCAUCACCAGCUCGGACAGUCGCUCCAGAAGGAUACCAUGCUCGAUGGUAUCGAAAGCUGCUGAGAGAUUGGGGAGAAUUAACAGGGACACAUUUCCCCUGUCUCUCUCCUGACAGAAGUCAUCAUCCAGGGCGACCAAAGCAGUUUCUGUGACAAAAUCGGGCCUAAACCCCAAUUGAAAUGGAUCUAGAAAAUCAGUUUCCUCCAAAAGUGCCUGGAUCUGGUCCGCAACCACCCGCUCAAGAACCUUGCCCAGGAAGGGGAGAUUGGCAACUAGCCGGUAAUUGCAUAGAUUUUUGAAUCCAGGGAGGGCUUUUUAAGGAGUGGUCUUGCCACUGCCUCCUUCAAGCAGGCAGGGAUACCUUCUCUCACAAGGAGGCAUUAAUCACUUCCCUGGUCCAGCCAGCUUCCCCUUCCCUGCUAGUUUUAUCAGCCACAAGGGGCAAGGGUCCAGAGCGCAAGCGGUCACCCAGACCAGUCCAAGCAUCUUGUCCACAUCCUUGAGCCUUAACAACCAAAACUCAUCCAACAGAACAGGACUAGGCAGUGCUCUGUACAUCCCUUGAGAUCCAUCUGCUCUAAGGGCGGAGUCCAGAUCAUGGUGGAUGCGAGAGGUGCAGGUAACCUGACAAGGGGAAAGUGCGUGGCUGAGCUUGUCCAAUCAGCUCCUAGGAUGUGGGAAUGGAUUUCCUGCUUCACAUUGGAUAAACCUAUUGAACAAGAUUUUCCCUGUGGCUGGGUGACUACUUCUGAGGUGGUCCCUAUAUAAAUUGUGUGUGUGCCCUGUGUGUCUGGUCUUGCAGGUCUAAUAAAAGCCAGACAAAAGUGACAGACAGAAGGAGAAAGUAGAAGGUAUAACCAGACCUACGUUGAGACAUCUUAAGCUGGAUGUUUUGGGACCAUAUAAUAGUUUACAUCUUAAUAGUCAUGAUAUGGAUGUAUGAGACACUCUGAUUCUGAUGAAGGCAGCCGGACAAUCAAAAUUGGCCAUCAAAUAUCUAAUGAGGCACAAUUUGCCAGUUUCCUCCCCCUCCCUUUUUUAUUGCUGUUUCUUAUCAACUGCUUCAUACAUAGGGUUAAAUGCUUAGUAAUGGUCUAGUUUGCCCCUGGACAAUUGGGUAUUUACUGGUGACUUCUGCAAACUUCUUUUUUGUUCCUAGUGAAUCCUGUCUGGGAGCUAAAAUGACACUCUUUUUAUCUGCUUUUUCAUUCAGACCUCCCUCAUCCCUUCCUCUCACAGUUGCUUCAAGCAGGCACGCUCAGAACUUUGCACAUGCUCAUUUUGAUAACUUCCACACACUCUGGCUUUAGUUUAUUUUCCACAAGGGCAGAGCUUCUGGUCUGUUGUAGAGCACAGCACAGAUUGUGACCUAUCCCUUUAUUGUUCUGCACACCAACAGAGACUAUAGAAUGCAGUUUAUGCCCUGAGUCUUGCAACCCCAGUAGGUGCCCAAAUAUUAUCCCUGAGCAGCCUGGCAAGCUCAGUGAUAGAGACAGAUAGAGACAUAUCCUUGUUAUGCAAUUUGUCCUGUGGCCUAGAGUUUGAGCUCUAAAUGGAUUUACUGUAUUAGAAAAGACUUCCAAAUUGUCUUCUGAAGAUCCUUAUAGGGAUUCUUUGAAGCAACAUCUAUUUUGCCUAUAAAGGGAUUACAGUUUACAUUUAAACCGGCAUUUUCUUUAUUUUAACUGUUUAAAAUUGUGUCAGGAUUUGUGCCAAUUUGUGUUUGAUAAAUAAAUGAAAUAUUUCUGUUUUUAUUAGCUGGAUAUAUUAUGCAAUGAAGAAAUUCUGGGCAAGGACCACACUCUCAAAUUUGUAGUUGUUACGAGAUGGAGAUUUAAGGUAUGUUAUAUUUGUGGUUAGCGUGAUGCAUUUAACUUUUGAGAUUAAAGCCUCCAAACAAACUUACUGGGGAGGAAACCCACCUCCCUACACAAACAUGCAAAAGAAGUUGGCCAUGAUUGGUUUAAAUUAAUUUCCAUUUUGAUACAUAAAUUGCUUACAUUCUACACUAAACUUUGAUUGCAUUAGCUAUUUACUAAAAGCAGGUGUAUUAUUUUAUCUUUCAGAAAGCACCUCUACUGCUACAUUACAGACCCAAAAUGGACUUGCUGUAAGAACUAUUUUGUCCUUCUGGACGGUUUUUUGCAGAGACUAUCAUCGGGCACCUUCUUAGUGCAUCACGCAAUUGACCCGUGACACAGACCAGCAGAAUUCAUUCCCGAGAACAGUAGUGCUCUCCUGUUCAGCCACCCUGAAUCUUUCUCUGAGGGAUGCAUUAACCUGACUUUCUGGACAGAAAAAUAUUUAUACUUUUUUCUACAAAAAAAAAAAAAAAGGAUAUCGCAACUCGAGAGGACACUACCAGCACGAAGUUUACAGACAUUGAAAACACUUCACAGUUCCCUGUGUGUAGCUCAGUUCUUGGUCAUCAUCUUGCAAAGACGCAAAAUAGGUUUAAAGUGUUGUGAAGGAGAUGAAUUUUGAAUUUGUUGCCCCUAAGCCACUUUUGUGUUGCUUCACAACGUAACUUAAAUGUGGCACAUUUUUCUGCAAGAUUUUCUGUCUCUUUAUACCUCACGGCCAUCUUGUCUGUUAGUAAGCCCUUCCUAGAUUAUUUAACAUUGACAAAGAUCUAAUGGCUGGCAGUGAAUUUCCUACGUUUCACUGUUCUAGACUGUUCUCCUUGGUUCCUUUGCUGAUGCAUUGGAUGAGGUUAUCAGAAGACUUUCAGUUGUUUCCAUUCGUGGUUUUAUCAGUCAAAUCAAAAGUGCUGAGCAUUUAGAACAUAGAUCUUGCGGAGCUGGGGCUGAUAUUGGACUGAGGGAUUUGCCUUUCAGUAAAUGAAAUAAGCCAUUGGCAGCCUUAACUACUUGAACUCCAGUCUUGUUCCUUUUGAACAACACUCUAAUACUAAUGCUACAGCACACUUUGGCGACAUGCGUUAGUACAUUGACUUUCUUUCUGGUUUCUGGUUUCCCUAGUAAGUCAGUUCUGUCCACCUGACUCUCUGCUGAAUUAACUUUAUGGGGGUCAGAUUUAGAUGGCAAUGUGGUACUUCCUGGCCUUAAUUAUAAAUCUUUAUUUAUUUUUUAAUCCAGCCCCCUAGGAAUGCAUUAGCCCCUCUAAACUAUGUAAGUACUGUCUCUCUCAAUAGAGGAUUGAACAGCUUAAAAAAGGAUAAAUGCUGCUCCACUUUAAGCAACUUGAGAUUUUUUAUUUUUAAAGUUUGCGUUCGGAUGUGACUUCUGCAAGUUUGCACCACGCACAAAGUGGGUGUGUGAUAAACUGCAUGCUAGCCUUCAUUGGUCAAGGGCACGUGAGGCCCUUUCAUCGGGGGCCAUUUAAAUGGUCCAGUCUGGGCUGCACCCAGUAACAUGUGUGCAUACUCUCAUUGUUGCACGUAACCCUACGUACUGGCAUGUUUUCCCUCUCCCACAUGCACAUACAUGCACAGAGGCAUGUGUAUUCUUUGCAUGUACACAAACCUGCCUUUCCGCCAUCAGGCACCAGCUUGGCUGGGACUUGUAUUUAUCCCAGGGACUGGUAGGGAAGAGGGUACAUCACUUUCCAUGAUGUUUUGCCGUUUUGCAGUACACUGCCUUGAGUUAGGUUUCUCCUAUCUCUGUUGCUUAUAAACCCGCUGCUGGUGGGAUUUGGGCUUGACGAGAAGCACAGAGCGGCCAAAUGAACAAGUGUCAUGUACAGGCGGUGAGUUUCAGAGAGACCAGCAAGAAGGUCGAGAGGGAGAUGAUGUUUCCCCAGACUUGGUAGAAGGCUUUCCCCCACUUAGGGAGACAUGCUUGAGUAGCCAAUAUGCUUAGCCCAUAGCAAUUUGCCCAUCUUUGCUACUUGCUUUUCUGAGCAUUCUUGCUCUAUAUUAAUGGGUGCAGGUUAAUGACUUUCCUUUGUGGAAGAAGCCCAGAUAGGGUGCAACAAGGGGGUGGUGUAUUAUGACAUGUGGACCAUUUAACAAAUCCUUACCAAACUGAAGUCCAAAGCAGGUAGUUGCUGGAUAACAUUGAGAUCAAGUAUCUGUGUUAAUAGCAUACACUCAAGUUAAAAUACUGUUCUCAUCUUCUUGAAUGGAUGAUUCUCGCAGCACUAGACCUCCCCCACCUCUUCAGUUAGGAAUUAAGUCCUUUCCUUCCCUAGUCCUGAUUUUUCUAUUGUCAUCAACUAGAAUUAAAAUUCACCACCCAGCUUCUUUCAGCCAUUGUCCUCCUCUAUGCCUUUGGCUCCUCCUGUCAGUGUGAUAGGAGCCCAUCUUUCUAAGGUGAGCAGUGUGGCCUUCGUUACCUCAGAUUUUAUCAUGGCAAAUCUGAAUAGGUGGAAGUCAAAGGAGUCAAUUAGAGGAACGAAGGGGAAAUGGGAGCAAGUAGGAAAUGUUGAGAUGACUAGAUGAGAUUUGGCUUAGCAGUAGACGGCACUGGACACUCUUUCUGUGGAAAGUCUUCCAGGGCAAGCCCUGAUGAAAUGAAUGGGCACCGCAAAGACUACACUAAACAUUAAGGGCACUUAUCCUGUUCGCAGGAGCAUUUUCCACUGGAUAAUUUCCCUUAAAUUUGUAGCUUCUCCUUCUUAAUAAGGCCAUACUUCUGUGAAAAGCAAUUUCCCAUUUCACAUUAAGCUAUUGCUUGCCAUUGCUCAGAAAGUAUCUUCCAAUAUUAAAAAUGAAAGCACUGGUUAAUGGAAGACUAUGGAUUUGUGGAGUGUGGAGGACUAUAUGGGACUGUAUGAGGCCCCUGGAAAAAGUAGAGUCUUAACUUUAAGGUUUCCCCCAAUUUCACAGGCCAUAUGGUGCUAUCUGAAAACAUAUUGGCUAACAUUGCUUAGUGAGCCUUAAGCUUGGAGCCUUGUCCAAUACCCACUUGAUUCAAUUAAUCUUUUAGAGGGUUAAAUGACCAUAUACAACUAUUCAGUCUACCUCAGACUAGAUACACAGCUGAAUUGUAUGACCAAUGCCAUCUUAAAAUACGGAAUAUAAAUGUUAUCCUGUGUAACUUAAAACUGAGGGAUUAAAUAGUAUCAAGAUGCAAACUACAACCCCACAACUCUUGACUGCAGCAGUCUACAGAAUCUGUAUUGCUAAGUUUCUAGCAAAUUUUUGAAUCACUUGAAUUUGAUACGGUGCUAUAUAAAUAUAUUUAAAUAUAUAUCUAGGCAGGUGCAUGGAACCAAAGCCAGCAGUUGACACCUAAGCUGGUUUUGCUGCUCUUCAGCGAGUAUUUAUCUCUGCUUUUAUAACAGCCUGAUGAAAACAACCUUGGCAGAAAAUGUUUGGGUUUUUCUUUCUUUCUCAACUGCUUCUUAGAAUACAUUUUUUUUUCUGUGGAAACUCAGUUCCUUGGGGUGUGUUUGUUCCAAAGACCUAGCUGACUUGUUUUAUCAGAAAAAAACACAACCACAGUGAAUACCAACAGAGCAGAUCCUUGUGAUAGAAAUUGUCUCUCUUCUGUGAAGUUUUUAAGGGGCAGGUUGCACAAUGAUUAUGUUGGCAAAACAUUCUGUUGAUCUUCUGGCUUUAGGUCUUGGAAUCAUUUUCAGCUUGAGUGGCUCAGGCCACACAAUUUGGUUGGAUAAGUGAUCUAUAAAAGUUACUGUGAAGUUGGUUUUCGAGGGUUUUUUUUGUUUUGUUUUUUCAAAUGACUGCUUACCGCUGGUAAAUAAAUGGAGUAAAAUUAUCUUGUUGCAUUAUCCUCAGCAACAAAAGAGACGAGCAUAACGCAGGUUCAUGUUCUCGCUUGGUAUAAUUUUCUUUUAAAAUAGAGAAAUCAGAAUAUAUAAUAUUGAAUUUUAAAUAAGAUUGGGGCAGGGGGGGUUAAAAGUUAACUUUAUAAAAUUAUUUAUUCUAUUUUAAGCAUUCUAUCUUACUUUUUACCAUCUAAGUAUUUUUUUGGUUUUGAUGGUCCAGCUUUAUUUAUGGGCAUAUAAAAUGAAAUUGUGAGAUGUUUUUUACAAGCUUCUUCCUUCUUUUUGUGAGGGCCAGACUGGAUGUUGCGCUGAAUGGGUGGCUGCAACCAAAAAUGGCAGCCUUGUGUCAAGUCUUCUCCCCAACUCCGUAAUGUUUAUGAUUACUUAUUUGUGCUCUCCUGCCAUUUCGCAUCUCUUUGCACCCUUCCGGAGGCAGACAAUGAUAUGAGAAAUGGUGAACGCUCUUACAUGAGGCACAGGUAAGUUGUACUAGAUAUUUCGGAGCAGUAAAGAGGGAGGAUACAGCUGUGAUAAUGUAUGACAGCAGCUGCAUAUUUAGCGUAAUAUUUAGUUUGGCCCCUUCUUUGAUUUUUUUUUUUAGUAUGUUUUUGUUUUGUAUGGAUAAAGAGCAUUACUUUAUGCUUUUUGUGCAAUAGGUUUGAAACAUGCUUCUGUUAGGCAUACCUUUAAGAUUUUAAAUGUAGCAUCUACUAACCACAGAUCUGAAAAGGAAUGUAGGUGGGUUUAAGUGUACAUUCAAAUGGGCUCUUCUGUUUUUUGUUUCUCCUUCCUUCCUGGGAUUUUUAAGAGUGACAUUUGGGAGUUGUGUCUGUGUGAAAGAACUACCUGUCAGCAAUAUUUUUUAACAAAAAGAUUUGGCAAAAAACUCUUAAAUGUAAAAUGUGGAAGAAAUCGACAAGACUUGCAACCUAUCCGAAUCUUUUUUUGUGUGCCAUUAAUAUGUCUGGUAUUUUGUAUACCAUUUAACCUGGAAAUAUUUAUUUCUCAGUGGUUGUGCAAUGCUCCAGAUGCAAACUGUAACCUUGGAGGGGAAAUGCAAUCAUUUUAAAAUAUCAGACUUCAAAAUAUGAUGGUGCUAUUUUUUUUCCUCCUCAGUAGGAUUUGAGCCUUUUGAAAGCUUAUCUGGCUCUUAUUGUUUUCAUAACAAUCUAAUUAGUCUUGGGAGAUUCACUGUCCUGUUUCUUUUCCAGUGGAUGACAACUCUAUUAGCAUAGCCUAUUUGCAAUGAUUUGAAACUGAGCUGUAAAUUUAAAUGCAACAGGAGAAAGCCAACCAGUUUGUACAUCUACACAAUAACUUUGAUAACUUUAUAUUUUAACCAGUAUAUAAGAAAUGCAUUUACUGCAGACGGUUAAAACUGUAUUUUACAGAAAAAAAUCUGUUUCUGUAUUUCCUCAGGUAAUUGCUCCAGUUUUAAACACUUCACGUGAUACCUUAACUUAACAUAUAUACACGUGCCCUCCAAUUUCAAAUGUAAAAAGAUGAGGUGCGCAGGCAGACCCCAUUGCAUGCCAGAAUUGCAAGUGGACGUAUUCACCUUAUAGUCAAAAUGUGCACAGGAAAUGCAACGUUUUUAGCAAGAUGCAUACUGUUGGCUUAGAAACGCAGUUUCCGCUUUAAGUGGAAGUGGUGGCUGAAUGCACAUUCUCCAGGAAUUGGUUUCUAACCCUAAAAACUGGCUGCUGCCGUUUGAAUUCCUCCCCUCUUCGUUGAGCACAAAUUGUGCCCUGGAGGUGACUCACAAAGGCUAGGGUUGCCAGGUCCUUAAGAUCCAGGGUUUCUGCUGAGCAGCUGCAAAUUGGCAGAGAAGAUGGAGAUCUGCAGCGGAGGAAGCAGGGUGUUUGUGUGUGUUGCUUAACCAUUUUCCCUACCGACCACUUGCCUCCACAAUCCUACAAACAUGCUUCUGGAGCCCUGGCUGGGGUGAAGUGGAGGUUGCAGGAGGGAAACGGUGCAGGAAAUGUUAAGCACUUUCUCCCACCCUACUCCUCUGCUGCAAUUGGUUCCCUUAACCCUACUGUUUUGCAGCUCUGUGGCAGAUCUGGGUUCCAGGCCUUGUUCUGUUGCUGAAUGUGUUGUUCUGACCACUGCACCUGUCUGGAGUUCUACAAAUGCCCAUGAGCGUUGAACCUGUCGAAGCUACGAGUGGGUCCUCCUCCUCCUAAUGUUUUGUGUGAAUGGGCACAUUUACUUGGGUGAGGAAGGUUACCUAAGGUGCACUGUGCACACCCGCUGGGCUUCGGGUAUUGCAAAAUGCCCCAUUUAAAAAGGCAGCGAUAACAGCCAAGUGACAGGGCAAGUGUCAAAAAUACCAUUCGCUUGCAACGAGAUAAAUUUAGGGUUAUGGGACAAUAAGCCAGUGCAACCGUUUAAGCCUUUAUCCUCACUUUGUGGCAUAAUUAAGUUACUGAAAAUUCUUGCCGUAUUAAAAACAAAUAAAUCAUAUUUUUUGGCUUGGUUUCAUUUGAAAGUUUACAAUUUUUUUUUUACGCUUUGUGUUGCUGUGUAACUUUUGUACUAUUGGUGGCUAGUUUUUGUCUGGAUAAGCCUUUUGGGGGAUUAUUGCUUAAUGUUUUGAUUUUAUGAUAGUGAAGCUUGUAUUCAGUGUUCUGCCAAUUAAUAUUAUAUGCUUGU